GUUAAACUAUGGCAUGUUCUCUUUCACUCAUUACUCAUCUCCUUCUAGCUGUAGUUAAGCAUAAACUCAGUAACAAGUAGCCGAGCAGACACAUCGAGAGACACAGAGGCAGAGAGAGGGGGGACAAAGGAGACAAGUGGGUACAUAGAGAGACCGAAAAGGAAAGAGGACUGAAUUUCUCUCUAAAUCUGCUAUCAUGGAGCAUAUCUUACAACAGUUUUUCUGUCUACUUGGAUUUAUUCUGUGCUUGUACUUUUUGUUGAAAUGUUUGGGAUUUUUGAAGUACCUAUUUCCACAUCUAUGGGGAGCUUUGCCGCUGUCCUUUUAUCGAUCAAUGGGCGAAUGGGCAGGUAAUGUAAUAAUGAUAUUUCCGCACACUAUAUUCGUGGUAUUCAAUAAAGUGCUUGUUCUAUGUGAGCAGUAAGUCUAUGGGCAUACAUGAACCAACAAAAUCAAUUGAGAACCGGCUACAAUAUAAACUAAAUUAGUUUGAGUUAGCUUAGAAUACAUUUUCAACUCCGACCCUACAGUGUAAUUUCUUUAUUUUGGAUAUUUUUGUAGUUUUGCAUUAUGGCAAAAGAAGAGCAAAUUCUAUUACUUGCCAGAAAGUAAAAAUGCUUCUUCAAUCUAAUUCUGUCCAUCCCCUAAGCAACAAGCAAUGCGAAUAGCUUCCUAAAAAUUCAAGCACUCAGCUGUGUUAAAUCUGAUUUAAAAAACAAAAACUCUAAACGCUUCUUGAAAGAUCUAUAGGUAUGCUAUGUGAAAUGCGAUUACUGGUACACAUAGAAUACUGCUUUAGCAACUACUAAAGUAGAUUAUUCAAUGUUGCUGAUAAUUUUUGGUAAAAAAUAUGAAAAUUGCUGUAUAUUCAAGAAUAAAGCACUUAUUUAAAAGGGAUAACAUUUUCAUAAAAUGUUAACUCAGUUUAAAUUCUGAAUAAAAUCAUUGAUCUAAAUUAACUUUAUUUUUAACUGAGCAGAUAUUUGCAUGGAUUUUUUUUCUCUGCUAAAAGACAUUGAGUUUUAAUUAUUUUCGCACUACUGUUAUGGAAGAAAAACUGACGAAUGGUAAAUAGUUUUAAAGCGUUCGUAGGCACACCUUGUAAAACCAAUAAAAUGUAAGGCCGAGGGUAAAGGUUGUGCAAACAAUAAAAUGUAUUCUAAUAAAAAAGCAAGGCUGAAGGUAACGAUUGUAAAACAAAAUAAAGAAUAAAAAAAUAAAGUAAAACUGACAGAAAAACAAGGCUGAUUGUUUGUGGGUAGUUUAAAUUCAACCGUAUUCAAACCCACACUUCAUUACAUAUUUUGAGUACAAAGUAAACCUAUUUUACUAUCGCUGAUGGUCAGAUCUAUAGGCCUUUUAAGGUACCCUCCACAUAUAAACAUAGGAAUGUGUUCUAACUACUGUACUGACAGAUAACCUGCCAAAACAGUCAUAAUAUAAAGCACAAUUGUUAAACUGUGACCAUUAGUUCCUCAGAUGUUACUGGACAUAACUGUCUGCUGGCAAUAUGAAUCUAAAACAUCUGGGAAGCACAGACUAACGGCCUUGAUCUAAGCAGAUUUGCCCAACUCCUUGUGAUGAUUGGAUUUUAUUAUUGGUGUUUUAUAGACUUUUUCCAUGUUGGUAAAUUAUUCUACAUUUUGCAAUAUCUUGCUUAAUGCUGUGAAUAAUUCACUUGUCCUCCCGGGAUAGUGUCUCAGGUCACUAACCAAGCUAAAUGCAGGUAUCUUUUUUCUUAAAGAUUUUUUUUGGGGGGAUGGGGGUAAAAAAUAAUUGCAAUAAUUAAAAUAAAUGGGAAUGUGUUGAAAAAUGUUUCCUUAGUAAUUUAUUAUAAACAUUUAGUGUUUACUAAUAUCAUAGAAUGUUUCACUAUUUUCCAAUAACCAUAUCAAAUAUAACAUCAACUUUAUUAAUGACAUAGCUGAAGUUCUAGAGGUGAACUUGAAACAGAGAGUUAUGAGAGUUAUAUAAUUAAACAGAUUUGUGAAAACAGCUUGAAUGUCUAAUUGAAGGAUUUAUCAAUACUGAUAGAGACUAAUAUGACACCAGUGGGGACACUCCAAGCACUUUAACUGCAAAUGCUCCUUAUCUGUGUUAUGAUUUAACGAGUUCCCCUGUCUCCUUUCUUCCUAUCUAGUAUAAAUGCUGAGAUUUACAAAAUUGAUUUAUGCCCCCCAUAUACAUGAUAUAGUGGGAAACAAACCAUGCUUCGUUCUACCUGUAUAAGACCUUGGAAAGCAUGCACAUUUAAUGCACUCCCAAAAAUCCCCUAAGUAGAGUAAAAUUAUAUGAGAUAGCCUGAACAGAAGUUGGGCACGUGCAUAGUCCGGAGUAGCUUAAUUCAUGAAAAUUCUUAAUGAGUUACUUGCAAAGCUUAUAGAAGCAUGAAUUUAAAUUCAUGUUUAGUAGAUAUACCUCCAGUGAAUACAUGCCUGAGUUUUUCAUGCAUGUAUUAAUUAGGAGCAUAUCUUAAAAGAGCUUGCAAAGGCUGCAGAUCUUAUGAACUGACCUUUGUAAGCACUCCCUUUUUUUCCCCAGUAGAGACUCUCAGUCUCUUAACAGGGAAAUAACCAACCAGAAGCUUCUCAUUAGUACUAUGGGGGUUAAUCAAACACUGCAGAUGUUUGCCGAAAUUGCAAACUACUGUGUUAAAUUUCCACAUUUCAAAAAAAUAAAAAAAUAAAUUAAAAUGGUGGCAGGAGAAGUUGCAUCAGUUCCACAUUGCCUACAUAUAUUUCAGUUGUGACAUGAUCCAUGUCACAAUGCCCACAUUUUAUGUCCAACCAUGCCACAUUGCCUACAUAUAGUAAAGCAGGGGGCUUGGGCAGCACAGGAAGUAGUCUCUGGUGGUGGCUGCUCUUCCUCUCUCCCAUGUGUCUACGGGGCCUUUCAGGCAGUGUGCUCACUGUUGCCACACUUAUUUCCCGUGGUCCCUCCUAUGACAUCUCCAUGCACAGGGCAUGGGGUGGGAGUGCACAGACGCUGCACCCAUGUGCAUAGUAAUGGUGAAACUUACACUAUUUAAUCUGUGCAGUGUAGACCAGGCACCAGUGGCCAGCAGAUGGAUGCAGCUCUCUGUGAGUAAGGCUGUGCUGUGGCCUUAAGAUCCAGGAUGGCAGGCUACAGCACAACAGUGCACAGCCUCUGGACAGUUUUACUGUCCAUCACUGAUGCAAGUUCGGCCACCAGGCCACCAUGGGAUUACACCUUUGGUGAUAAGGGAAGGAAUAAUGUAGAGCAGACAAUUGCCCCCUCCCCUUCCCUGUAGCGACACGUGUGGCGGAACCAGCCUCACCACUGGGCAUUGGAGAAGACUGAUUGCCAGCCUCCUGCCCUGUGACUAUGGUCCCAUGUUGAAAUGCUUGAUUUUCCCCUGCAAAGACCUGAAAGCCGGGUCAUUCGGUACUGUGAGCAGUGUUGCCCCAGAUAGCUAUGCCAUGGAGCCCAUUCGUAUAAUGAAAGACUAUGUGAAAGACUGUGGCUCCAUGGCAAUUGAACUGUCUGUAUGUGAUCUGAGCACCAUUCAGUAAUAAUGUGCGCUCAGAUCUAAGCUAUCUGGGGAUAUGUUGAGUGUACCUGUUUUAUGCAAUAGCUGCACAGUUAUAUAUUUUUAUGUAUUUUAUUGUAUUUUGCUACCAUGUGGCUAAUGGAGUUUUGCCUCUGUCCUUUGAGAUAAUUGGAUUACUUCCCAAUUAUCUCUAGGAUAGAAAACUCUGUGGAACUGGUUUUGGGCAGAAAAGCCAUGCUUCAUUUGGUCACAAAGGACAUUGAUCGACCUUUUGACCCACUGGACCAAUUUGUUUUAUUUUGACAUAUGUAUUUGGAGUAUACUGAUUCUGAAAAUGUAAGUUUUAUGUGAAUGUGAUGUAUACUUUUAGAGUUAUGCAUAUUUUGUAAAACUGUGUAUUUUCCUGCCUGUGAUAAUUAAGUUAGACUAUUGUGUUCAGUAAUUAUAUCACAGGCAGAGGGGAGGAUUUUGUGUGGGAGUGUCUGAGUGUAUUGUACGUAUUGAUUGGUUGUUCUGCAAAACCCUGUGGCAGUACUAUGUUUGUAGAAUGUGAAUAAAAGAGGCUGUAUGUGCCAGUACAGUCAGUUCUACUUCACCCUCAAUUUGGAGUGCCAUCUCUUAUUGGGGGAAUCUGCUACAAGGGAUUGCUAUGCUUGUCAUACUCCCUUGCUAAAUCACUACUAAACUCUUGUAAGAGCUUGUUCCUGCCUUGCUCUCUGGAGGAGUCUACGGUGGUUAUGAUGUCUGCUGCAGUGCUUGGAGUCCUCAGGAGCAUCUUUCAACGGAGGUACCCAUUUGGGGUGCCCGUCAAUCCGUUACAACACGUAUAUUUGGUAUGAGCUUAUACAUAUAACCAGUUGGCAAACACAGAACUUUACAGCCUUCAAUGUUUAAUGGAACAUCCUCCAUGAUUAACCAUAUCUGAACCUAGGAAAAAAAAAUCAACAGACAGAAUUUAUCAUGUUCACAUCGAAUUUAGUUAGAGCCAAGCACCCAUUGUGGUCAGAGCAGUGAGCUUAGUAUAGUUUACAGAUUUACUCAUUUGUGAAUAAGAAAAAUCUAUUCAAGAAGGCCUCACUGGCUGGAAAGACUUGGGGAUUACAUGACCUGUUAUUAUUCUAUGAUCACAAUAUGGGACUGGCAUUUUUUUUCUCUUGUGUCAUUAAUUAUAAUCUCACCUUUCCUUUAUGUAUUCAUACUGUUAUUUUAUUAUAAUUUGACAAGCCCAAUAUUGUCCUUUUACAAGCCGUUAAAAUGUUAAUUAUUUUAUGCAAAAUUUAGGAGAUUUCACCCCAUAAUUAUUCUCCAGAUACCAUAAAUACUGGUGUAUUUUCUUAUUUUUUUUAUUUUUUUUCUAUUUAUUAAUACAGACAUUGUACAGGUUGACGUUAUGGUACAAAUUUGAAUUGAGAGAAAUUAAUUAAAAAGUGAUCAAAUUCCAUGUGAAAGAAACAUUACCAAUUUUUAUGUUAUUCUUUUGAGCUUUCUUGUCAAAUUAGUUGCACUGGAAUGUGUUGUCAUGGGGAAGGCACUGUAUCUACCUAUAUGGUGAGUGCAAAUACAAUGUAAUUCACUACUUGAAGUGAAAUCAAAGGAGAACAAACUUUGCCAUACCUGUUGCUCUCACACUACAACAGGGUAAGAGGAAUGGUACUGGAGGGGGGGCGGGGGGGAGAGAAAGACACACAGAAGGAGGUUGAGGAGAAAGACACAGAUGGGCUGGGGUGAGAAAGACACGGAGAUGGUCUAAUGUGGAGAAACAGGACACACAUAGGGACUUAGGGGAGAAAGAUACACACAGAAGGAUGGAGGGAGAAAGAGACAGGGUACUGGGGGAAGAGACACAAAAGGGUCUAGGGACAAAAAGACACAUUAAGAGUCUAGGGAAGGGGAAAAGAGACACCCAAAAGGGUUGGGGGUAAUACACACACAGAGCAGCAGGGGAAAGGAAGAAAGUGAUGCACAUAGGGACUGGUAAAAGGGGAAAAAAGAGACACAUAGAGAGGAUGUGGGAGGGACACAGAGUGGCUGGGGAGGGGAAGAAAAACAGAGGGGCUCGGGAAAAUGAGACAUACAGAGGGGCUUGGUAAGGGGAAAAAAAGACACUCAGAGGGCCUGGGGCUGAGAGAAACACAAUAAGGCUGGGGGAGAAAAAGACCAGGUGCAGGUGGGUAAGAGACACAGAAAAAGGCUGGGGGAAGUAAGAAACACACAAGGGGCAAAAAUGGGGGAUAAGAGACACUAAAGCAAGUAAGAUAUUCAAAACAGGGAAAUAAGUAACACAAAAGUAGCUAAGAAAUUCAAAAGGGCGUUAAAAGGUACACAGGUUACAAUGCAUUUUUUUUGGUGGGGGUGGGAGGGUGCCACAAUGCAUCUUCGCAUGUGUACUCAAAAAUCCUUGCACAGUUCCUGAGAUUAACUACAACAACAUGGCAGUUAUUUGUGGACCACACUUUUCAAUUUGACAAACCAGCACAAGUCACACUUUCAGAACAUGCAUAGCUCAUCAGUAAUUAUAGAUACUUGGACAAAAAUUUACAGUGUGCUCGGCCAGGCUGGGGAUUGGUUAAACAUCAUGGAAAUGCAGUUCCCAUCUUUACAAUUUAUUUAAUCCUUAAAAAAAAAAACAACAACAAAAUGUAGCUCCUAUUACCUGACAGGUUGCUGUCCCUGGGCCUUCUGUGUGACUAUACGCAUGUUUAUCAUAUAUAUAUAUAUAUAUAUAUAUAUAUGCAACGGUUUGUGGUUUAUCACUGAACACGGAGUGAAAUACAGAUUGCAAAAUUUAGGGAAAGAGUAACAAUUUUGACACAUUCUCAAAUACAGCUUUUUGAGACGAACCUAAGUUGACAAGACAUUACAGACAAACAUAAACCAAAUGUUUAAAAGCCUUAAAAAUCCAGUUAAUUCUCAAGCACAAACACCAAGGCAAAUUUUUAUAUAUAUUUGAAGGCUUGGCCUGGAGUUGUGGGAGAGGCUUGGUUCACCUUUAAAAGGGCUGCCAAUACACUCCCACCUUACCGUUGCUGGUCUGGCGAGUCUGAAACGUUACUUCCGGUUCAGACCGUCAUCUUUGAUUUUUCCUUACCUGUUCCCUCGUGGUCUCCUGGUCUGGGCUUCCCUGGCUCUCCUUACCGUUGCCGGCGUCCGCACAUCUCACUCGUUACCUCUUCUUCACGAAAACCGUAAGUCAGGCUCGCCGUAAAGCAACUGCUGCAAUUCCCCUGCUUUAGACGGCGGAGCCCCGUUCGAUUCAAAUCUACGUUCGGUUCGUUUUAUUGUAUCACUAUUGCAUUCGUCUUAAAUGCUUCACUCAGCUAUUCGCGUGUUCACCGUUCAAACUUACGAACGAUAUCAUUCGGUUAAAUUAUGUUUAAACAUCAAUCGGUUGGUUUCGAAUAUAAAUUAUGGUGUAUCUAUUCGGUUGUUUCUACACUCUAUAUAGUUCUUUCGGCAACUACACUAACUCACGUAUUAAGCACGAAUUCAGCCAGUACUCCAUGGGGAUUUCGCCCCUACUGGUUACAAACGUUAUUGGAGUAAAUCUAUUUAUUAAAUAGGAAUGUUUUAAACAAAUUUGAUGGGUCCUGAUUUCCUGAAUUUGUUUUUCCCACAGAGUUAUCCCAGUGGUUCGUACUGGGAAUUGUGAAUUCAUGUCAAUUUUCUUAUAGGUUGGUUGAUGUUUAAAUUAUGUUUUUAUGAAGUCCAAUGAUACACAUUACAUUAGUUAAGCAUGUAUUUUACUAUUUUAGGUUGUUUGCCUUCAAACGGUAGCUUUUACAAGCACGAAAACCGUCGUCAAUUUUGUUAAAUCUACCCUCUGCAGUGUCGGGUAGGUUCCUUGUUUUUUAGGGCCCACGAUCUGGCCAUAACACUACGUUUAAUCUCACGUUUAUAUAUCAAAUCUCAUGUCCAACAGGUAAUCAUCUCAAGACUCUUACAGUCACUGGUUACUUCUACCUCGACAGCGCAACCUGACUCACAUAUCAGGUACUACGCCAGAAUCCAAUUUUCUCCUACCAUGUUCUGAGGGGUACUGGUCCUAGGUUAUAUGACCCAACUAGGUAAAAGUUUCUGGUCUUAAUCCAUAGGCUAGUGGUCCCGCGAGACCAACACCCCUCUCCUCAUACUCGGAGGAAUACGCCCCUCGGGCCAAAUCAUAGUUAGCCGUCUCGCAUUGUCGCAUAGAGAGGGCCUCACCUGUCACUCCCAAUCUAUCUUAUGCUUUAACUACCACUGAGAGGCCAACACCCCGCCACAACGUUCAGUGGCCUCAUACGUUCCCCUCGGGCCCACGCAUAGGUAGCGCCUCUCAAGCCGCUUGGAAAUUAGUAGGGACUCAUCUGUCACCAUCAAUAAGUAUAAUUGUUUCGCCACUUGGCAUUUAGCUAGCCUUACCAGUACCCACCCAAAUCAAACAUUACAGAGUGAUUGAUUAAAGCUUACUUAUAUUUUUCAGUUAUGUCUAAUAAUCCUGAUAUCCCCGAGGAACUCUCGCUACCCUGCACUCCCGCUAGGCCUGGUACCCCUGUUCCUUGGACAGACGUUGCUAGUCCUGCUUCUCUCAGAUCAUGGACCAUCCCACGUCUCACGGCAGAACUUAGAAGACGCUGCAUCCUAGGAAAGCCGAGUUGUUCAGACUUUUGAAUACGGCCACUGACAACUCUGAUGCAGGGGAAGGACCUAGUGGCACACAAUUGCCAACAUUUCACGCCAUGAUGACUUCGCUCAUGUUAUCCAUCAGCACAAUUAAUGACAGGCUGGAUAAAUUGGAAACAAGUGGUACUAAACAGACCGCUACCGUAGACUGAUGCACGUAUGUUCACACUGUUUUAGAGCCCAUGCCAAAACUAUGUGCCCAAAUAAAGCAUUCCCAAAACCGUAUCACACGUGUGUGAACGUCACUUUAUUGACAUCACUUUUACAGCCACAUCCUUCACGUCAUUUUACUGAAUAUAUUAUUUUGGGCAUGACUGAGGGAUUUCACACUGGGUUGGUCCAUUUACCCUCCGGUACACUGGAAUGCGACAACCUACAGUCCACAUUAGACGAUCCACAGUUGGUAAAUACUCUUAUCUCAACUGAGUUGGAACAAGGGUUUCUGUUGGGACCAUUCUUUUCCCUACCCUUCACGUCUUGUAUACCUAUAGGGGUAGUCACAGGGAAGACCUCACUCAAACCCAGACUGAUAAUUGAUUUAUCAGCACCACACUCCUCCACUAUCCCCAGCCUAAACUCUCUAAUACCUUCUGAAGAAUUUUCACUACACUACGCCACUAUUGACCAUGCCAUAGGGGCCAUUCUACAAGUAGGUACGGGAGCAUGGCUGAGUAAAACAGACAUGGUAAACGCCUUUAAGCUACUACCCAUACAUCCUUCCCUGUGGCAUCUACACGGUAUUAAAUGGCAAGGGAGGUAUUAUUUUUUUCACCCGACUACCUUUUGGCUCCAAAAGCAGUCCACGUAUUUUUUACACGUUUGCAGAGGCUCUAUGUUGGCUCUUACUAAAUGUGUUCAAGUGCCCUUCGGUUAUCCACUAUCUGGAUGAUUUCCUCUUGAUUGAGAAUAACACUCUUCCACCUAGUAGUUUGAAUCACUUAUUGGCACUGUUUGAAUCUCUUAACAUUCCUGUCUCUCAUCACAAAACUUUGGGUCCAGAUACCUACAUGCAAUUUUUGGGCAUACAACUAGACACGAUACACAUGCAGGCCAGUCUACCUCAGGACAAGAUUGAGCGUACCCUGGCAAGUAUUGAACAUUACCUGCUACAAUGUCAUUGCAAUCGGAAAGAACUCCAAUCACUUCUUGGAUCGCUCAAUUUUGCCAUGAGGAUCAUACUCCAAGGUAGAUCUUUUAUAUCCCACCUGUUAUCCUUGUUUCCACUGUUUUCUUCGGACACUUCACAUAUCACAUUAGCUGUACACGCAACUUCUGAUUUACGCAUGUGGCGGGUCUUUCUUACCUCUUGGAACGGGCGAACCAUGUUUAUACCACCUCCCUCCGACACAUCACCUACAUUAUGGACAGAUGCCGCAGCUAACACAGGCUUUGCCGCCAUGUGGGGUGACCAAUGGCUUUGGGGCCCUUGGCCGACCGAAGUCGAAUCACUACCCAAAUUUUCUGACACCUCUGCUUUAUUUGAGUUGUACCCAAUCGUUGCGGCAGCCAUUGCUUGGGGACCAUAUUGGUCUGACCACACGGUCAGGUGCUACUCGGAUAACCUGGCUACAUGCCACAUUGUGAAUAAAGGCCGUUCGGCAUCACUUUUCUCUCGUUACUACCGAACACUUCCAGACGAGCUACACCUGCACCUCUAUUCCAAGACAUGAUCAUGGAUUAAAGACCUUGUUAGAUCACGCACGUCACAUUUCUCAUAUGGCACCCUCAGUAAACACUAGGGACACUUAUGAUAGGGCCUUUCACGUAUUCAAAAAAAUUUAUCACGAGUUUCACAUUCACGACAUGUUUGCAUUAGAGAUGAUUUUGGGGUUUACCUCUUUUUGCCACAUUAACCUUAAACUAUCCUUUAAUACUAAUAAACUGUACAUUACCGGCAUCCAACACCAUAUGCUCAUCCAACAAUCUAUCAGUACUGCUUUUCUAACCUCAUACCAAAUUAAAACAUUACUUAAAGGCAUUAAAAAAUUAGAUACACAUGUUCCCUCACAAAGACUACCUAUAGACAACAACAUCUUCCACUCUCUAUCCAACCUAUUAGAUUCAUCUCCUUUCGAACCCAUGACAAAUAGCACUAUCAAAACCGCACUAUAUCUUGCCUUUUACGGGUUCCUCCGGCCUAGCGAAUUCACAACCAUAACCAUCACCGCACCUGAAUACCUUAGAACCAAUGAUCUACAGAAACAUACCGACCAUUAUAUUCUCUCUCUAAGACAAUCCAAAACCAGCACCGACGGACACAUUAUUCAAAUACCACUGUACCCUACUCACAAUAUAUGGUGCCCAGUUAAAGUGUUAGACACUUAUUCACUUUCAGUCCAAAAACAACCUCAACAGCCUUUGUUUGAACUGCAUGGACACACUCUGACCACAGCUAAAUUCAUGCUGUACACAAGACUUCUGUUGACCAGGCUCGGCCUAAACCCCAAUCAAUUUUCAGGUCACUCUUUCCGUAUAGGAGCAGCAUCUUCCGCAUCCGCUAACCACGUCCCCGCUCAUAUUAUUAAGGCCAUGUGGCGCUGGAAAUCCUCCGCCUACACACUCUACAUACCCAAUCCUGUUAAAGAAUUAAGACAAGCUUUUUGUGACUUAUCUCAAUAAACGAAGUUGGUUCACGAAUAAUGUUUUCUGGUUAUUUUCUUUUUGCCCACUUUUAUUACAGGCCUACUGCUUUGUCGGUUCCGGCACACCACAACCGACUGGUGCAUACUCAUGGAUGUUAUGAUUGUAUUAUGCUAAGAUUUCUCUGUUUGGCCAUAUUGCCCCGACUACAAAUAUAAAUAUAUAUAUAUAUCAGGAAGAUUUUCAAAGUGAAGACAUAAAAUCCCAUUUACGGUAUUUAGCUGCAGAGUACAGAGUUAAUAAUUUAAACAUCAAAGGUAAACUCUAGGAAAGGUACAAAAGUCUCCAAUUUUCUAAAAACAAAUAAGCACAGCAAAUAGACAGAUCCAAACUAUGUCAGUGACCUUGGCAAUACAGAUAAACAAGGCUAGUAUUGAUGAAUGUUAAGUAAGUAUUUGUGAUCUUGUAAUGACUGUCAUAGAAUAGUAGUAAUAUAGUAAUACAAGCAUAACAAUAUUAUGUAAUGAUGGUAUUUAUUAACAAUCAAAUCAUUUAACAAUUUCAAUGUUAUGCCAAGUGAGACAAAUGAGACCUAAACAGAGAGAAUUGUAGAUUAUGCUAACGUAGUGUACCUAUAAUCUUAAUUUUAAUAAUGACAGGAGGCGAGUAUUUUGCAUAACUUUCUUUACUUUAUGCCUCCAGCAGCACAAGUCAAUCAAUAAACUUUAAACCAAUCAGUAACAGGCAUCACAUUCAUAUAUAAAGCCCUGACAGUCACAUGACUUCCUCUUUCUUUGAUGCGAAAAACAGUCUAUUAUAACGUCAGGGAAUUCAAAUAACAGUCCUGAGUAACGUGUAGAACAUAACUUGAAACCUUCCAGCUUUAUCUUGUCGAAUCCAUCUAUGAUGAUUACGCUGAAAAGAACAGAAAUACGUGAAAGGUGAUGGAAACCAACUGUUGUCCACAUUAAAUCCAGUACUAUAUGUGUCUAUAUUUAUAUUAAGUUAAUAUACUGAAACAUUAAACAAACCAUAGUAUACUUAAUAAUCAACACGGAUCUAACACAUAUCAACCAAAUAAGCAUCCCAUAAAUAUACUGAAUUACCAAACCUUAUAAUUUACACUGAGAAAAUGACAAACCAAAAUAUAAAAAAUUUCCAGAGUAUAGGGAGGGAAACAGGGAGGGAAAAUACUCGCCUCCUGUCAUUAUUAAAAUUAAGAUUAUAGGUACACUACGUUAGCAUAAUCUACAAUUUUAUCACAUGACAGGAGGCUUCAUAUUUUGCAUUUUUAAAGCUGUGGUAUGAGCGUGAAGGAUGCGUGUGUGGUUGACGAAAAUAAAUAUACGGAAGUAGUCUAUCCGUGUCCAAUUCGUCGCUGAAAAUAUAGAGGCCCCCUCGUGAAGGCCUGAGAAGCAGCUGCGCCUCUUACCGAAUGAGUACCCAAACACGUCUCCACCCUCGCUAGCGAUAACAACCAAUGAACCCAUCUAGAGAGAGUGUUCAUGGUAACUGGCUUGUACGGUUGGUAUAAGACCAGCAGAUGUCCUGAAUGUGACAUUCUAAGUGUUGUCGUGAUCUCCAUGUAACAAAGUACCCCUUUAACUGCACAAAGGCUGGGAAACCGUCGGUAACAGGGAACGAUACGGACACGGAUAAGAUAUAGUUCUACGAGACACUGUAGAAAUUAUUCUUUCCGGUGAUACCGAAAAGACCGUCUACGUCGAACUCCAGUACAUCUGAUACCCGACGAAAAGACCUAAAAGUAACGUGACUCUGGCUAAUGGCUGACUGAGGGAUAGGACCGUGAUAUCUGACUAGCUCCAAAAGAACCAAAUCAAAGUCCCACACCAGUGAUACUUUGACGCAUGGUUCUGGACGGUUUGAUACCCCACAGAAAAUGGCAUAUCAAAGGCUCUUGAUUGACCGGAGUGUCGUGAAUCGUGCUAUGCAUCGUCGAAAUCGCGGAACGUAGCCCGUUAAUGGAACGUUCCGAUCGGCCUGUAGUGAAAAGGUAUGAUAAAGAUCCAGCAUCGUGGAGAUAGGGGUAAUAAAGGGAUCGCAGUCCCUUCCCAUACACCAGCGAACUCAAGGUGUUCCAUGCGGAUAAGUUAUUUCGGGGGAAUACCUGGCGUCCAUGAGUCCCAUAGUAGGUCUCUAGUUGGUUGCGAUAGUCCCUUGACAUACCAGUCUCCCCUGGAAGACACCAAUCUACCAACUCCAGAUGCUCCUGCAUUCUCAAUGGAUGAUGUUCUCCUUUUGGAUCCGCCCGAAGGCAAGUUAAAACGGAAGGAGCAGAGGAUGAUCCUGAUUAAGGACAACCCUUCUGGGUGUCACGCUUGCCUCCUUUACCGCAGUAAUGAGUACUAUCGAAGUCUUCGCUAUUCUGAUCCCAAUUUCAUAGGUGUGUCCGUAUCUCAGGCAGUGAGCUUUCAGCCACUGUCUGGCCUGGUAGUGAAGCAGUCCUGGGAAAUAGUCAAAGGGUUAUGGUGCCUUUCCGCCGUACCCGUCGAAUUUCCUUACGAAUCGUCGCUAUCAAUGAUGUGGGAAGGUGUAAUCCGCCCAAGGUGGAAUCUAUUCUGAAAUAGAGGAACUGAAUCACUCGGAACUGGGAUCGAACCAACUCCUCUCUGUUCACUAUGAAUCCCAACAAUUCCCGAAACUGUAAACAUAAAUCUCGUUUGUAAACGUAGUCAUGAAUUGGAUUUGCAAAAGGUAAGUCGUCUAGGUAUGUGACAGCAGAUACCCUUUGCUUUUCAGUGCGCAGUGACCGACUUCAGAAACUUCAUGAGGCACCAUGUGAACCUAUAGGUAAGUGCCCUUCAAGUCCAACCUUGUAGAUCCCCUAAGAGAUGGAUACCUUCCUUCUUGAGUUGUCGGUACGCCCCAAAACCAUUGGGUUGGCAUAGGUUGAUGACUGGGUGAUAGUCUCCUAUCUUCUUCCUUACUACCAAACCGUUGCUGAGAUAAAUGGUUCUCCAAACGAUAGUCUGUCUGCCUGAGGUCCUCGCUCUUUCGUCCCUAACUUCAAUAGUUUGAAAUCCAUCUUUAAUCGGGCUGCUUUGCGGCAUUCUGUGCACCUGUCUGCCUUGCGUUCCCCAACUUACAUAUUGCCCUUUGCACCCAUUCCCUCACAUCGUGAGCUUCUAGAGGUGAGUCUUGUGUGGGGUCAGGUCCGCAAAGUAUAGAAUUUUUUCCCGGGCUGAUCAUAUCCAGUAUUUAACUCAUUUUGAGUCCUCCUCCUACACACUGAUCGGGACAUACAUAUCACCACGAGCUCCAUAGUGAGGACUAUCUUGUUCGGACAUAGAGGGCGUGGGCAUUCCAUCCUGAGCCGGUCUCGGAUUUCUUUUCCCAUAGGCCUCCUAAGCCAGAAGUGGGCCCGGUGCUCCAGUUAACCCCAUUCGGAUGACCCUGGUUGUCGGAUGGUGCGUGAGUCAAAACAGGAGUGUCCAGUGUGCCAAAGAAAAAACCUUUCUUGCUAGGCGUGUCUUGUCACUUUUACCUCUUCUGCCCUCCAUUCUUUCAUGAUCUCCAGAGAAGGGGGGGGAGGAUGAAGUCCUCGUCCCCUGAUGAUGGGUGUCCGACCUAACGUCGGUAUCUCAAUCUUCCAUUGGUGUUGCUGCCGUUGCACCCGCUCUGUCGGAUGGGUUGUUAGCCAGCAUACUGGAGAGGACUUCUUCCCCCGGAGCUGUCAUGGCAGCCUUAAUCCUCGCCUGAAAAUCGGUCGGGGAUAUUGAGGUAAGUCCGACAUGUUGGUUCACACCCUUUCGGUCCGUGGGAGACAGGAUCGUACAACAGUACACUUAUUGCCACUCAGUAGGCCUCCGCGUAUAACUGGGGGUCACCCAGAAUUUUGAUCAAUCAGUAUCAUUUUCGCAGGAUCCGGGGAGUGGUCUGAGAAUGAGGACACCCUCAGUAAGACCGGGAUGAGCGGUCUGCAAUGUCGGGAUGUAGCCCGAGUCUGGGAGACGUGAAAGCCUCAAUAUAUAUAGUCCACGGGGUUCAUCCUUAUAUGGUCUAGAAUUGUGGAGUUUUGGCAGCACUGUGAGUUCUCCUUCUCGGUUAAGGGAAGGGCGUACAAUAAAUGAUUAACUAAUGACAAUUGCAAUAUUCAGUAAAACAGUUUGGAGCAAAAUACUCUGACCUGUGCCUUGGCUGGUAAGCAGCAAAGAAAGAGGAAGUCAUGUGACUGUCAGGGCUUUAUAUAUGAAUGUGAUGCCUGUUACUGAUUGGUUUAAAGUUUAUUGAUUGACUUGUGCUGCUGGAGGCAUAAAGUAAAGAAAGUUAUGCAAAAUAUGAAGCCUCCUGUCAUGUGAUAAAAUUCAGAGUUUGUGAUUACUGACAAAGUGAAUGUAAGACAAGCAGACAUACAGUGUUGGAAAGGAAGAGAGAAUUACAUGGGGUAUGAGUAAUCUUAAACACAGAUAAAAAUAUGAAAAAUUAACUCAACAGGUAAUAAAAAAGUAUUUUAUAGCACUGAUGCCCAUACAUCACUGACAUGCAACCCCAAUGCAAGCUAAUCACUAAUGCACUCACAUCUCUUCACAUUUUAUGAGAUUUUAUGGGGACAAAAGUUUGGUAGUAUGGCAAUGGGGAGAUACCAUGUGGGGACAACUAUCACCAGAUCAAGAACACUUGUUGACUGUUUUGGUGUUUUCUGUCUAUGAAAUUCUGUAAGUAUGCCCAUCAUAAACAUAGGUACCAGGCCUAUUAGUCUCUUCACCAACCACUGUCUCAAUUUUAAUAUCUGCAAAAUUUCAAAAUACAAUGCCUAGCCAUUACAGUGCUUCUAUCCACUGCUGCCACACACUUGGAUAGAAGUACUGUAAAAGGUAGUCUUCUAGUGCAUUAUUCAUGAUUUUAGAUUCCAUUACAGUGCUUCUAAAAAUAAAAAAAAUUAAAAAUGGGUUGCGCCAAAAGGUAUGAAAAGAUAGAAUAUUAUAACAAUAUAAAAAAGACCAAAUAGGGCAUGGGGAUGACGUGACACGUGAGCGCACACGCUCCCACUGCCACGAGGAUAUAGGGAGAGGAGGAGACCUCCUGGAAGCGGCAUCCAACUCUGCACGCUGAGCGCGAGUGCAGCCAGGGAAGCUUAAACCGGUAAAACCAGCAAAGGACAACAAGCAAGUUAAGUCUGAAGGAAUACUCGGGUGAAUUUGCCAACUGCUCGCUACGCUCUCACUCUUGACAGGCGGUACACAUCUAUGUGAAAGCCAGUAGCAGUGAGUUGCGGCAGUUGGGCUGGGAAACAGAGGCUGGGAGGAGGUGAAUUACGACCAGUGCCUAGUUCAUCUGGACAAAAGGUAAUAUACAGAGUGGUAUAUCCUAGAAACAAUAACUGUACUCCAACUCAGGAGGAAGGGUAAUAAGAAGGCGACGGCAUAGAAGAUAGCUAUCUAUCUCUCGAGGUGGUGAAAUAACGGUUUUAUUUGCUGAACCUUUUUUUCUCCUUUUUUUUCCUUUCCCACUGCUUUGUUUGCGGGUGAAAAGGGGGGGAAUUUAUAAAUGCAAAGAGGUGAAAAUGUCUCCCAAAAGAGAUAAAGAUAAAGCAACAUCGACAAAUACAGAAAAAAAUAAAAAUAUUAAUUUAUUUUACUCACCUAAAUCUCAAGAGCACUGCUUAGUUAAAAGGCCAUCUUUAGGUGAGCGUAGAGAAUCUGUUCCCCUAACCCAGGAAGCCCACCUGGUAACCUCUCAGUAUAUCACACAACAAACACUUAAUGAAGCACUGGAAACACUAUACCUGAAAUUGAAACAAGAUUCUGAAGACAAGUCCAAUAUUUUAAGGCUGGAAUUAUCCAACUUAUCCUCUAAACUGCAACUGCAAUCUGAAACACUUCAAAAAAUCCAAGCAAUCAAUGACAAUCUAACUCUAAAGUUUAAUCAAUCGGAAGGAAGGAGUCUCAGAAACAAUUAAUUAUGAUCAGCUGGACCAAUUUCUUAGAUCCUUCUUUCUAAAUUUUAUCCCUGAAAAGUCUAUGGGAGAAUUCCCAUUUGAAAGAUAUCAUAAGCUACACCGACCGAAGAAUUUGCCGUCAGAUAUACCAAGGGACAUUAUUGUUUCCUUUUCUAAUAAUUAUAUCAAAAAUCUGAUUAUGCAAUCGGCACAGAAUAAUUCUAUCUCAGAUGCUCAAUUCAAAGAUAUUAAGCUUUACUCAGACCUAUCCUUAACGACUCGGCAGGCAAGGAAAAGAUUUGUAAUUCAGACAGGUUUACUGAGAUUGCAUGGUGUCACAUACAAAUGAUACUUCACCACGGCACUAACUGUAUUCUUUCAAGUCAGCAAUAUCUUUUUAAAGAAGCAUCUGCUGCACAAGAAGCAAUUCAGUCUUGGAAUCUUCAACAGAUAUAAUUCAGAUUUUAAUAAGUUAAAUGAGUAACCACUUGAUCCCUAUGGAGAAAGAGAGAAUGCUAACAGAAAACCUAGCCCUGUUUAAUAUUUGCUUCCUAUGUAGCUAAAGUUUUACGCCAUAGCAUAAGGCUGCCAUGCUUAAUAUUUUUAGGAGUACCUUUUAUUAUUGUAUACAUACAGGCUUGAAAUGUAGAGGAGUACACUUGUAAAUUACAUUUAUUUGUGCUUUACAAUGAGAGGAGGGUUUUGAUUAGGGUUUAGACAUAUAUAAUUAAUGGCAUAACGGUGGCUAGCACUUUCAGUUUAGGGGUAUCAUAAUAUAUAUAUAUUUUCUUUCUCUCUUUACACGUACAUGUGGUAAUUUAAAUAAUUUUAAUUCAACACGAAGGCUAGGGCCUUUUUCUAUCAAUAUGGAAAUGGAAUUAGGAGGUAUAUACACUAGAGUUAACUUGAAUGGAUUUAUAAUAAGAGGAUGGGGAGAAGAUUGUCUAUUUAAAUGUUAUAUUUAUCACAAAGAAGUGGUCUAUCAGUAAUAUAAAGAGAGUUAAAGUAAGCAUUAAUAUAAAGAAGAAUUUCAGAGAUACAUUAAGUUGGAGCAGGUCUGUGAUAUGGCGUGAUUUUGCUAUGUGGGUUGGGUCUAUGGAUGAUCUAUAAGGAUAUAUACGGAUGAUAUAUUUGGUUUCCUAUGACUAUAAAUUUUUAACAUGAAUCACAUCUUAAACACUUGCUAACACAAUAGCUCCACCACCUUGAUAUAGGCUGGUGGUAUGGUUAGUGAUGGAUUUAUUCCAUAAUAUAGGCAAUCUAGGUAAGACCAUAGGGGACUGAAAUAUAUACAGAUGAACAGAUGUUACUAGUCUAAAAUAAUGUUUUGUGUUGGCAUGGUUAUGAAGUGUUUCCUCCUUUUUCUAAUAUUCUCACCCCUACAAUUCUUGUGUGAUAGAUGUACACAUGUCUUCUUACUUGACUACCUUGUGUUUUAUUUGAUCUUUUUAUGUAUUUUUUCUUAUGUUUUGUCAUGGGUCUGAGACUCGACAUGGGGCAAAUCGUGGAUAAUAGGUGUUAUGAUUGCACUUAAUUUCUUGUCAUGGAAUGUUCAGGGUUUGAAUUCACCCUAGAAAAUGGGUGCUGUAUAUAAAAUUCUGAUUGAAAAUAUUAUAGAUAUUGAUUUCUGUUAAUAUUUUGCUCAAAUAUUGAAGGGAAGCGCAAAAAAGAAGUACUGCUAUUAUAAUCUCUAGUAGAGUUAAUUUUGAACUUAUUCAUCUAUUUAGAGACACGAUGAGCAGAUAUUUGAUUCUCAUUUCUAAAAUCAAUGGAUUUUUAUAUACUUCUGUUAACAUUUAUGCACCAAAUUAUAGCCCGGUAGGUUUCCUGGAUGAGAUCAUGGAAAGGGUUGAUGAAUUAGCAUGUGGUAAUAUUAUAGUUGAGGGAGAUUUUAAUUGCAUUGUGGAUCCAAGAAUGGAUAAAAGCCAUAAAAAUACUAGAGAUCAGAAGACUACAAAUUCUUAUCUGUCUGACUUUUCGGAAUUUCUAAAUAGGAAUUCUUUAUAUGACUGUUGGAAGUCUUUGAACCAUCACACUUAUUUCCGAAUAGAUAUGUUUUUGGUGAAGGCAGGGCUUUUAAGAGCAAUUAUUAAAUCGAAUAUUGGAUCUAUAGUUUUGUCGGACCAUGCCCCAGUAUUUAUUAAUAGUAAGCUAAAAUAGAGUUUCAGGCCAAGGGCAAGAUGGAGACUUAAUGAAAUCCUUCUGAAAUCUGAUCACAAUAUUAAUACUCUGACGUCUGAAAUAGAGAAUGUUAUGACUAUUAAUGAUAAUGGGGAAGUUUCCACUGCAAUACUAUGGUACUAUGCUGUACUCUUAAAAGCUUUGCAAGGGGAUUAUUGAUAAAACUUGAUUCAGAACUCAAACGGAAGAAGGGAGAAUCUUUGCAGGAGCUGAGGAUAAAACUAGCAAAUAAAGAACGGUUAAAUAAAAGUAUGCUAAAUAAGGAAAUAAUCAAAGAAAUAGCUAAUUUAAGGGAGACUAUUAAAGAUAGAAUAUACGAUACAGUCAACAAAAAUAUAGAAUUUCUUAAGCAAUGGUGGUAUCAUAAUAACAAUAAAAUAAAUAAAGACAUUUCAAAUAAAAUUAAGAACCACCUUAAAGACAAGUCCAUAAAAAAAUAUGUUAUAGGUGACAAACAUUUAACUUCACCAAAUGAUUUGCAAAAGCAUUCAGAGAUUUUUAUAGAUCUUUAUAUAAUGCAAAGGAUGUGAGGAAAAGCAAUAAGGAAAUUGAACAAUUCUUAAUUAAUCUCAAACUCCCAAAAAUAAAUCAUAAGAAAUAAGAUAUAUUGAAUUUUCCAUUUUUGUUGUCAGAAGUAAUGGAAUCGAUAGAUAAUCUGAAACUGAAUAAAGCGCCAAGCCCCAAUGGCUUUUCUGUCUUCUUUUAUUAAACCUUUUCUAGACUUAUUGCUCCUGUCCUUUUGGAUAUGUAUACGGAUGUGUCGAUAGAUAACCCCUUUCCUAAUGAGUUGCUGUUGGCAUCAAGUUAUUCCAAUACCAAAAACAGAUAACGAUCCAUCAUUUAUCACUAACUACAGAUCUAUAUCUCAUUAAUAUAGAUAUGAAAAUCUUCUCUCAAAUAAUGUCUAGCCGUCUUAAUGAGGUCAUAGGCGAUUUGAUUGGUGUUGAUCUGUCAGGGGGAGAGGUACUACAGAUAAUACACGGAGGAUAUUUAAUCUAAUCCAUAGAACAAACAAGUAUAAACGGGGAUCUGUUAUUAUGGCUCUUGAUGCCGAGAAGGCCUUUGACAGAGUCAAUUGGAGAUUACUUGACUCUGUCAUGGGCCAGUUCGGCCUCGAGGGACAAUUUAGGAAUAAAACCAUGCUGCUAUAUAGGAAUUCUACAGCAAAAAUAAUUAAUUCUUUCUGUGAAUCUGACCCUUUUGAGGUUAAAAACUGUACUAGACUGGGUUGUCCUUUGGCACUGUUAUAUAUCCUUACGAUUGAACACUUGUCUAGUAUGAUUAGACAGAAAUAAAGGGGGUUAAGUCAUAUAAUGGAGAAAUUAAAGUCUCCCUUUUUGCAGAUGCUGUGCUUCUCACCUUGACAGAUCCAUUAGUCUCAAUCCCAUUGGUCUUAGAAAGUAUAUCUUCCUAUAGUAGCUUUUCAAAUUACAAGAUUAAUAUGAAAAAAAAUGCAAAUCUUAGCCUCCUUUUUAACUAAGGCCCAGAAAGAACUUUUGACCUUAUGAUUCUACUUUUCAUGGGAAAGAAACAACAUUGAUUAUUUAGGAAUUAAAAUAUCCUUUGAUAUUGAAAAGCAGAUAUAAACGCAUUUUGAUACCCUAUUAAAAAAAAAUGCAACAACAGGUGGAAAAAAGGAGGAAAAAGAUAUAGGCUUCAUGGAUAGGCAGAUUAAAUAUGAUCAAAGCAUUUUUAAUACCAAAACUUUUGUAUCAUUUUAGAGCGAUCCCCUAUAGAUUGAGAAAAGGAACCCUUAACCAGUUUCAAAAUCUAAUCUAAUCUAAGAAUAUAUAGGAUAGCGUAUGAUAUCCUCUGUAAGGUUUAUUUAAAGGGGGAAAUAGCCUUCCCGGAUGUCGAUAAAACCCAUGAAGCUUGUAUGUUAUCACAUCUCUUGCUGUGGGUAAAUUCGGAUAUGGAAAACCAAUCAUGGUUUAUACUAGAGCAGAAAGAUAGCCCCAGACACAAAUUAUAUGUUCUUUUUUGAAUUGGCAUUUUAAAACUAGGAGAACUGGACAUAUAUAUAUAUAUAUAUAUAUAUAUAUUCUAAUAAAAUCCUCAUAGAUAUGAUUAUCACUUCAAAUUUUUUUAAUGAAAAAUGAAAAUUGGAGGGCAAACUAGUAUAAGAGCCCCAUUAGAGGUAUUACAAUAUGCAAUAGAAGAUAUAAAUGUCCAAUCGUGGAUUCACCUUGGUAUAUUGAAGAUUUCAGACUUGGGCAAUGGGAUUAAACCUAUUCUAUUUGCACAAUUACAAGCAAAAUAUAAUCUUCCCUCUAGAGAUCUCAUCCCGUACUUAAGGAUUAAACAUUUCUUAAUGUCGAAAUCAAUACUUAAUAAUCAUAACAUAGAGUCCUUUAAAAAGCUACAUAAAAAGAAGGGAGUGAUCUCUAGAUCUAUUAAAUUGUUAGAGUCAAUGUAUCAGGAAUCCCAUAGAGUUUUAUUUAUGAAAUGGGAACGAGAUAUUGGGGGAUCCUUCUCCCUCCCGGAAUGGACCAAAGCCACACUUUUAGUUAAGCGUUGUAUACAUAGUGUUUCUCUUAAUGAAAUACAUCUAAAGAUAAUAUAUGGGUGGUAUAUGGUCCCGUCAAGACUUCAAAAAAUCUCACCUAAUUACCCUAGAUAAUGCUGGAGAUGUGGGAUGGAGGAGGGUUCUAUAUAUGAUGUUUGGUAGUAAUGUUUGGGAUUAAGGAAUGUUAAAACUCAAAUGCUUAGACUUGUAAAUUCCUUUUUUUCCGUGAGUAAAAUAAAUUAGUCCUCAAUUGUUUUUCUUUAAUAUCGGCUUCCCUUCUCAAGACAAAAAUCUAAAAUAUCUCCUGACCCAUAUAUUCUUCACUAUUAAAAUAUGUAUAGCUAGGGCUUGGAAAUCUUCAAUUCCUUUACCAUAGCAAGAGAUUAUGGAACAAAUAGAAUAUCAGCAUAAGAUGGAAUCUAAUUCUAUCUUUAACACUAGUACUAGAACAAAUUUAAACUAUGGUAAACAUACAGUAAAACUAUGGCUACCCUGGACAAACAAAUAUCCUAUAAGAUAAAGCGUAGUGAUUUUUUGGCCUGAUUUGACCUUAUGUCGAGUCUCAGUAACAUUUUGUUUUUAAAUUAUUUUUUUUUGUUGCUCUUUUUUUGUUUAUUAAUGGUUUCGCUAUUAAAAUAAUUUGAACCUCCAGACGAUAUUUAGAUAUUAAAUGGACCUGAAACGGGGUUACAUUUCAAAGCCGUUGUAGUGACUAUAUCAUAACAAGAGAACCUAUGUAUAAACGGAUGUAUAUACUGUGAUGUUAUUCUCUGUAUGGAAACUUUCUUGCUUGAACGUGACCAAAUAUUAUAUGAUGCUAACCCUGUUCCUAUAAAAAUUAUGCCUGUCAAAGCUUUUGUUUAUUGUUAUACUUCUUAAAUAAAUAAAAUAUAUUUUUAAAAAAGUCAAAAUAUUCACAGUCCAAAUAUCGCAAUCACACUUGAAAACGCCUUUAUUGGUGAAACGUGUUGUGUAAUAUUGUAACAUUCAUGUUUUUUUCUUUUAAGCAUUAAAGUAUAUUAGGUUUUAAUUCACUUUGUUGUGAUAGACCAUUUAUUACACUUUGUAUGCAAUUUUACAAUUUUAUUCAGAUCUGGACAACUAUUUACCAUCAUAUCCCUGGUGGAGAUUAUGCCAUCCAUGCGCAGAUAUUUGAGCGACUUAACGCUCUAUCAAAUGUAUUACAUUUUUAUACUGCAUCACAUAUUUAGGUUUACAGUGAGCACUAUUGGAUAUUUUCUUCUUCUUUCAUACACCUACCUGCACGGCGAGAUAUUUGCUUUUCCAUUGGUUGUUACUGUUGAUAAAUGCAACAUGAGUGAGAAUAAAUAAAGGGAGUAUUUAUAAAGAGUAUGUCUAUAACAAAGUCCUAAAUGUGAAGCAGUCAUCAGAAACAUUUUGUUUCCCAUAAAGAUUUCACUACUUUUAAAACCUUGUCCCAGAAUUGUUCUUUAUAAGCAACUCCCAGAAAUUACAUUUUCAACAAGCAGUUCAUGAACUAUUUCCUUUUCACAUUCUCACAUUUGACGUUUAAGUGUCAAUUUACAAUUUUUGGCCUAUUUCCCAGGAUGACUUUCUGUUCUGUAACGGAAGACAAAGAACAUACAAAAUGCCAUUUUCAGUAUGGGUUCAGUUAGCUCCUAAGCGCCUCUGAAAAUUUCUGCCAAUUAUUCCUCACAAGGAAUGCAAAGUUUUAAGUGGUUUCCACUACUAAGAAAAUCUAGUCCUAAUAGAAACCAAUUUACUAUUUUGAAUAAUAAUCAAAAUACUGUAAAUUUAGAUUUUCGGGUCUCACGGUUCCCUUUCAAACAUGGUAAUUCAAGACUGAAUACGAAUCACUUAAAGGAACACUAAAGGGUCAGGAACACAAACAUGUAUUACUAACGCUAUAAUGUUAAAACCAACAUCUAGCCCCCCUUUGACCUCACUAGCCUCCCUAUAUAUAGUAAAAUCUUACUUUUAUUCAAAUCUGCAGCUGCUAGCUUUGCCCCGGUCUUACUCAGACCUGCCCAUGUCUGGUCACAUUAUCAGAAGUGGUGGUCUGAGCCAGUUUCAAUGCAUUCCCAUAGGAUUGGCUGAGACUGUCAAGGAGGCAGAUCAGGGGUAGAGCCAGCACAAGUCAAACACAGCCCUGGCCAAUAAGCAUCUCCUUAUUAUUAUUAUUAUUAUUAUUAUUAUUAUUAUGAUAUUUAUAGAGUGCCAUCAAAUUUUAUAGCAUAACAGGAGGCUUCAUAUUUGCUUAAGUCUCUCUUUACUUGAACUCCACAGCAGCACAUUAACAUAGAGAGAUAAACACCAAAGACAAAAACAUAAGGUAUCUAUAUAAGGCUCCUCCUAAGUUACCAUUUCCUCUUUCUUUGCUGCUCCGCAGACAGUACAUGUCAGAGUACCACUGCCUCCUGUUUUCUAUGGGUGGCUGUGUGUCUAUUAUUAUUAUUUAUAUUUGGUGAUUUUCUUAUGUUUUCUUGCCUUGGAUUAUCAGUGUUUCUGUUUCUUAUUGCUGUGUUUAUCCUUGUGUUUGGGCAUUGCCUUACUUAUCUGUUACUUGUGCCCCCUUUUUUUCCUUUCUCUUUUAUUUCUUUUCCCUUCUUUUGGGUUUUGAUUGUUUACUUUCUGCGGUCGCCAAGAAGCGGUUUCCCGACCGCAUCCCGUGCCGCUGUCGGGACCGCAGAGUAAGACUCCGGCGGUCCCACGUGUUUCUGGUACUGAUUCCCGCCCGCCGGCUUCGUCCGCCGAGCGGGAAUCCUAUCCUUGCCUUCCUGCUUGCCCGCGUCCCCGGUCGCUGGUUACUGUUACCGAGUGGCGUGGGGACGGAGCAGGGUGUUGGGUUAUUGCCGCGGGUGCCUCCGCUUCUGGGCGCCCUUCCCCCCCCGUGACCACGUGGCCGGCCGCGGGGGUGAGCGGCUCUCUGUUCAGUCUCGGCCGCACGCACCUUUAUUCCUUAAGGGCGCAGUGCCCAAUUUAUUUUUUUAUUUUAUGUUGGGCUACUGUUCAGCCCCCUCUGUUUGGGGGGUCAUUCCUACAGGUUUUUCUGGGUUCCUAUGGGCAGGUUUGGGUUUCUCUACUCCUGCCUGCAGUUUUUUCUUCAGUGCAUGUUACUAAAUUUGCAUGAUUUUGCUGCAUGUCCCCUGGGAUAUAGGUGGCUCUAGUCAUUUCACUGCAUGGGACCCGCUUAGCAUCACUGUGCUGUCAUUGCACCCGGUUGCACCUCUGCCCUACACGCACUGUGUGUCAAGAUAUACCCGCACGUCUACCACAAGGACCUACGCUCCUGCCUCACAUACCACUGGGCCAGUGCUGCCUGUGCCCAUAUACUGGCCUGCUUUGUCUGUGCCCUUAUGAUUGGCCUGCUUUGUCUGUGCCCCUUGAUUGGCCUGCUUUGUCUGUGCCAUACUACGCAUGCUAUUGACCUGACGGCUCCUUACCCUGGAACAAGAUUUGUUGAGCCUGCAUGCGUUGAUACUUGCCUCUGCCAUACUAGGGGUGCUGCCCCUACUGCCUGCUACUGAUACCUGUUCUCUGUCUCCUUAGGUAUCACGUACCGUAUCUCAGGCAUCAUGGAAACCGCUGCGUAGGAGCAAAACUUGCAGACAUUGAUUAAUGCGGCUGUGGCCGCCUCUGUGGAGAAAGCCCUGGCGAGGGCUCUUCCUCAACCUCAGACUGAUAGGGGUGUGAGAGGAACCCCCCUUUUGGCAGACGACUCGGCUGAGUCAGACUCUCAGGAAAGAGAGCAGGCAAGUGCGCAAAUGCGCCCUUAACCACGCUCCCGGAAGGGCAAGGCUCCGGCGAAGCGACAUGGUUCGAGGUUAUCAACCUCGCCGGCCAGGCGCCGUCGUAUAUCGGGCGCAGAGGAGGAGGCCUCCUUUACUCCCCCUACUAUGGCCGUGUUGGAUGAGUGGCGGGCAGACCAGUCCCCUUCAGAUGAAGAUGGAGAUUGGGUCGAGGACCGUGGGGAUGGCCCCAGUUGGCGCUGGGAAGACGAAGAUGCGCCAGGGACAGAGGCCCCCUCGGCGGUGCCGGGAGACGACCUUUCUGGAUGCUACGGGAGAACACCUGUUUGACCCUUGGUCUAUCCGACACCCCAGGUCCUCAGAAUGGUCGUUGCCCGACCACUUGGCACAGUUUGUGCACUACUGGGUCCGCAGACCCCUUGAAGCGGAGGCCCGCAAAAAACUGAGGGCGGAAUGCCCCAGACCCGUCCUGCCGGACAAGGCGGCAGCGACCCCGGAGUUUGACCCCUUGGUGGCCACGUAUUUGACCCAUUCGGGUCGGGACCCCAAGAAGGGGGUGGAGCGUAGAUAAGCAGCUGGACGUACUUGGACCCCUAUGCAGGAUGUUGGCCUUAGCAGACGAGGCCUACACAGAAGGUACGAACCUGGAUCCGGCCACCAUGAGGGACUGGGCACUACGUUCCAUUUGCCUGCUAGGCAAUGCCAAUGUGGCCCUCUGCACGGAGCGCAGGAAGACAGCUCUGUUCCGUAUGGACAACAAAUCGGAACUGGGCUCCAAAGAAUUGGGCCCCAUGGCUAAGGGCCUAUUGUUCGGGGAACCCUUCAUUAAGGAGCUACAGACGCACGUCAACCUGUUUACCUCCCUGGAUAAAGCUCAAUCUUCCAUUAAGAAGGUUUUUCGGCCGCAAUCAUCCCGGGUUUUUGGACGGGCUGGACGACAGCGGGGUCGUGUCUCCAGCCAUGGCUGGUCCUCGGGCCGCCACAGAUCCCGUGGUCCGUCCUUCUUUCCGUCAUACCACUCCAGAACCCCCUACGCUUAGAGGGCGGAUACCGCGCCAGAGGACGGGCGAUAUUUCCUGCAGGUGAGUGCACCUCCUACCACUUUUGUUCACCCUACUUUGCAUGCGGGCAGACUGUUUCACUGCAGAGACAGGUGGCGGGAGGUGUCUUCAGAUGUAUGGGUCCUUCAGACGGUACGGGGUUAUGUCAUAGAUUUCCAAUCCCCUCCAACACAGGUUCGACCCCCAAGGGUCCCCAUCAUCGCAAGAGAACAACAGUCCUUGAUAGAUACAGAAGUUCGGGCACUGUUCGCCAAAGGCGCUGUUCAAAGAGCCCCGGAUUUUGGGGGUUUCUUCAGCUCGAUUUUCCUAGUGAAGAAAAAGUCCGGGGAGUUCCGCCCAGUGAUCAAUUUACGAGAAUUGAACACCUUCGUGGUCUUCAACCACUUCAAGAUGGAGGGCAUUCAUCUUCUGCGGGACCUUCUCCGGCUGGGAGACUGGUUCACAAGACUGGACCUGAAGGACGCCUACCUCUCCGUCCAGGUGGACGAGGACUGUCGCAGAUUCCUUCGCUUCCUAUGGAAGGGCAUCCCAUGCCAAUUUACAUGCCUCCCCUUCGGCCUCAGCUCGGCUCCUUGGUGCUUCACCAAGCUCCUGAAGCCGGUGGUCGCCUGAUUCAGGUCAGAGGGUGUCCGCUGCAUAAUAUAUCUGGACGACUUGCUGAUCUUUUGCGAGGACCCCUCCAGGCUCAGAUAUCAGACGCGCUCUGUGAUCUCCUUGUUGGAACACCUGGGGUUCGUGGUCAAUUUAAAAAAAUCGGCGUUGGAACCUUCCCAGAAGGUGGAAUUCUUGGGUUUCGAGGUCGAUGCGAUAGAAUGCGUUCUUCGUCUGCCCUUGGCAAAGAUAGCGACCAUUCGGAAGGAGAUAAGACAGAUCUUACGGCAAGACCGGAUUCCCCUUCGGAUGUUGGCUCGUGUGGUGGGUCUCCUCUCGGCCUCGAUACAGGCGAUUUACCCGGGCCCACUGCAUUAAAGGGCCAUGCAACGGCUGAAGGCUCAUUUUCUGCGCAAGAGGCCAUCUUACGAUCAGAUGAUCUCCCUGUCUCCGGACGUGAAGACCGAACUGCGCUGGUGGCUCCGGCAUAUGUCCGCCUGGAACGGCAAGGCGAUAUUCGGACCAAACCCGGAUUUUGUGCUGGAAUCAGAUGCGAGUCUGUGGGGUUGGGGUGCCACGUGCGCGGCCGGGUCCACGGGGGGCCCGUGGUCGGACAAGGAAUCGGAAUGUCACAUUAAUUGCCUGGAAUUGAUUGCGGGUUCAUUUGCGAUUCGGAGCCUGGCGAACCACCUGUCGGACUGCUGCGUCCUCCUUCGGAUGGACAAUGUCUCAGCGGUGCAGUACAUCAACCGCUUGGGGGGCGCUCAGUCCCGAACACUAUCGGAGGUGACGAAGGAGAUUUACAGUUUCUGUUUCCAACGCAACAUCACCUUACAAGCGGAAUAUCUUCUGGGGGAGUCGAAUCUGACGGCGGACUGGUUCUCCAGACAUUGGAGGGAUGCCAGCGACUGGAAACUCCUGCGACCCAUCUUCCUCGAACUCGGGUAUCAGAGGGGCCCGUUCACCUUGGAUCUAUUCGCCUCCAGGACGAAUCACCAGACCCAGAGGUACUUCAGUUGGCUCCCGGAUCCGGCGUGCACGGCGGUGGACGCUUUUCUCCAGGUGUGGCCUUCGCAGGGAGCGUAUGCGUUUCCUCCAUUCGCUAUGAUUCCCAGGGUAUUGUUACAAAUUCGACGGCAGCGUGUGUCCUUGGUGUUGCUGACUCCGCUAUGGCAGAGUCAAGCCUGGUUUCCGGAGCUCCUGGAUCUCUCCUGUCGGGAUCCUCUUCUCUUACCAUCCUCUCGAAUGCUCCUCUCGGACUCCCGGGGCAACCUUCAUCCCCUAGUGGGAGACGGCCACCUGCUCCUGGUGGCCUGGACUCUUUCAGGGGUGCCUGGAAUGUCGAGGCGUUAUCACAAUCGGCUAGAGACCUUCUCUGGGAUUCCUGGGCUCCCAGGACGAGGAGGUGCUAUCUCUCAGCAUGGGGUUCCUGGUGUCGCUGGUGUUUGGAACGGGAUACCGAUCCCUUUACAGGUCCUGUAUCUAGCAUGCUGAAUUUCUUGUCUCACCUCUUUGACCUGGGUCGGUCAUACCGCUCGGUUAACGUGGCUAGGUCAGCUAUCUCGGCGGCACAUGUCCCGCUUAGAGGUUUUCCCAUCGGCCAGGAUCCGCUAGUCUGCAGACUCCUGCGUGGAAUGAGGCUGGCGCGCCCUCCGGCACCCAAGUACUCUUCCCUCUGGGACGUACGUUUGGUUUUGGCGUUCCUUCGGGAUUGGCCUGAUAACCGGGACCUUUCUCUUCGCCAGCUUUCGGCAAAAUUUGCCCUCUUGUUGUGUCUGGUCUCGUUCAGACGUGUUUCGGAUGUCCAGGCCUUCGUUGUCGACGCUUUCUCGUUUUCUCCAGAGGGGGUCUCCUUCAAGGUGGUUAGACGUACCAAGUUGGACUUGACGGUUGUAUCAUACCCUUACUUCAAAGAUUCGCCUAAGCUUUGUGUAGCGAAGGCACUGGCUCGUUAUGUUGCGGUUACCGCUCCUUUGCGCUCUUCUCAUUCUGGACAGCUGUUGAUUUCGUAUGUCAGACCACACAAGCCGGUCUCAUCCCCUACCCUGGCUCGAUGGAUAAAAUGGCUUUUGGCUCUGGCGGGCGUGAAUGCGACCUUCAGUGCGCAUUCGGUUAGAGGCGCCGCAGCUUCCGGAGCCUUUUUGGCGGGCACUUCCUUUCAGGACAUUUUGCGUUCGGGGGACUGGUCCCGUGAAGAGACUUUUCGCCAAUUCUACUUUAGACCGUCGGACCAUGCUUCUUUUGCUUUGCUGUCGGAGCGUUAAAACCGCAAAUAUGAAGCCUCCUGUCAUGCUACAAAAUUGUAGAUUAUACUAGCUUUAGUGUAACUAUAAUCUUAAUUUUAUUAAUGACAGGAGGCGAAUAUUUCCCACCCAGUCUUUUGUUUCUCCCCCCUUGUUUGGAUGGAUUGCAUUGAUUGUAUUUCUGUUGAAUUGUCUGGUCACCUGGGCUAGGUCUGGUAGUCUGGGGUGAUGUUUGGGGAAGUUGGGGGAGGUGUCUGUUAUAUUGUAUUGCCAGUAAUUAAUGAUGGAUUUCAUAUCUUUUAUUCUAUCAGAACUGGAUCGUGGGAUUUAUGUUUUAUCAGUACAUUUCGUUCACUAAUCAGUGUUUUCGACUCUGUUUAUUUCGUUUCAGUUUAAUGGUUCGACUUCAGUUCCUAGAAUCGGCUGUUGGACAGGAUGAAGAUCAAGAUCACAUCCGUUAUCCGAAGUUGUUUCCAGAUGACAUUCAUUGUUACGUUAUAUUUUUCCUUUAAUUAGUUUAUUGGCAUUAUUGUGUACGUUAUGUUGUCGCAGCAUGAAAGAGGAAAUGGUGGCUUAGGAGGAGCCUUAUAUAGAUACCUUAUGUUUUUGUCUUUGGUGUUUAUCUCUCUAUGUUAAUGUGCUGCUGUGGAGUUCAAGUAAAGAGAGACUUAAGCAAAUAUUCGCCUCCUGUCAUUAAUAAAAUUAAGAUUAUAGUUACACUAAAGCUAGUAUAAUCUACAAUUCUGCAGCGGUUUACAAUGGGUGGACGAACAGACAUGUAGUUGUAACCAGACAAGUUGGACACACAGGAACAGAGGGGUUGAGGGCCCUGCUCAGUGAGCUUACAUGCUAGAGGGAGCGGGGUAAAAUGACACAAAAAGGUAAGGAUAGUAUUAGACUAAUGACAGUUGCAGUAGAGGAAUCAGUCAGGAGCUAUUAACAGUUUAAUUGAUACGCUUUUAUGGAGAAGUGGGUUUUUAACGAUUUUUUGAAGGAGUGGAGACUGGGUGAGCAUCUAACGGAGGAGGGAAGCGAGUUCCACGGUGCAGCCCUCAAGAAAUCUUGAAGGUGAGCAUCAGAGGUGGGAGUACGGACAGAAGAUAGACGUAAGUCUUCAGCAGAUCGUAAGGGCCUAGACGGGACAUACUGGUGUAUAAGGGAGGAUAGAUAGGUGGGAGCAGCAUUAUGUAGAGAUUUUAAAGCAAGAACCAGAAUUUUAAAUUGAGCUCUAUAUUUUAUAGGAAGCCAAUGUAGGGACUGACAGAAGGGUGAGGCAUGGGAGGUGUGGGCGGACAGGAAGAUGAGCCUCGCCGCCGCAUUCAUUAUGGACUGUAACGGUGCUAGUUGGGAGCACGUAAGACCACUGAGAAGCGGAUUACAGUAGUCAAGGCGAGAAAGGGCAGUGGAAUGGACCAACACAUUAGUCGCAUCUGGCGUUAAGUAGGGGCAGAUGCGCGCAAUGUUUUUGAGAUGGAAAUGACAGGAUUUGGCGAUAGAUUGAACAUGAGGCUUGAAGGAGAGGUUGGAGUCAAAGAGAACACCUAGGCAGCGAGCCUGCGUGGUGGAGCUGAUGGUAGCACCGUUGACUUGGAGGGACACAGACACAGGAGUAACAACACUUGAGGGAGGAAAGACCAGAAUUUAAGUUUUGGUCAAAUUUAGUUUAAGGAAGUGGGCAGCCAUCCAGUUAGAAACAGCAGAGAGGCAGUCAGAGAUACUAGUCAAGAGGGACGGGGAGAGAUCAGGAGAGGACAGGUAAAUUUGCGUGUCAUCUGCAUAGAAAUUAUAUUGGAAGCCAAAGGAGCUAAUGAGUUUACCAAGGGAGGCAGUAUAGAUGGAGAACAGUAGGGGACCAAGGACUGAACCUUGGGGGACACCAACAGAGAGGAGUUUGGGAGAAGAAGCAGAGCCAGAGAAAGAAACACUGAAAGAGCACUGGGAGAGGUAGGAGGAGCACCAGGAGAGAGCAGUAUCUUGUAGACCAAUAUUGCGGAGGAUGAGAAGAAGCUGUUGAUGAUCAACAGUGUCAAAAGCCGCAGACAGGUCAAGGAGAAUUAGGAUAGAGUAGUGACCACUAGAUUUUGCAGCGAGUAGAUCAUUGGAUACUUUGGUCAGUGCCGUUUCCACAGAGUGCUUAGCGCGGAAACCAGACUGAAGCGGGUCUAGCAGAGAGUUGGACUCGAGGAAGUCUGUCAAUCUCGCAUACACAAUUUUUUCAAGGAUCUUGGAUGCAAAAGGCAAUAGCGAGAUAGGACGAUAGUUGGAUGGGGAGUUAGGGUCAAGAUUGGGCUUCUUUAGAAUUGGGGUUACAGUUGCAUGUUUGAAGGGAAAUGGAAAUAUACCAGAGGAGAGAGAGAGAGAUUGAGAAUUUUAGUGAGAGGUGGAGAAAGAGAAGAAGACAGAGUACGGAGAGGUGCGAGGGAAUUGGAUCUAGGGAGCAGGUGGUGGAGUGAAUCAAUGCAACUCUAUAAGAAAAGUUCAGUGUCUGAAUGCAGAGGGUGGAGACACUGAAUGGUAGUUCUGUGUGUGUAUACGACUGUGUGUUGUGGCCAGGGCUGCCAUUAGAAAUUUUGGGACCCCUUACACGGCUCAAGGCCUGGCCUCCCAGGGCUUGCCCAUGAGUCCUCCAACAGGGCCCAGUCCCAAGUCCACCCACAAGGAUGAGUAAAGUGGAUUGUGUGUAUAGUGGAUGUAGUGUGUGUAUUAAGUGGAUAUAGUGUGUGUAUAGUGCAUCCAUAGAAUUUGUGUGUAAAGUGGAUGCAGUGUGUGUGUAAAGUGGAUGAAGUGUGUGUUUAUGUAUGACAGAUGCAGUGUGUAUUGUGGAUGCAGUGUGUUUUUUAAAAAUAAAUAAAAAUAAAUACAAUUAAGUCCAUUCCCCCUUCCUGCCUGUUACCUCUGGCCAGGAAGAGAGGAAACUAGAUUCCUUGGUGGUCUGGUGGCACAGCAUGUUGUAUGGUGAAGAGGGAGCCCUGGAGUCUCAAUCUUUAAACUUUGGCAUCCAGGUAGCAGGACCUCUCCCUCUCUCGCAAGCCCAACGUGUAUGACAUGUGAAGCUUUGCCAUGGUCAUCAACAGCAAUGCUCUGACAGGCUCAUGAGAGGACUCUGCCGGAGGUGGAACUUGGAAUCUCUUGGCCCUUCGUGCAAGCUCAGUCUGCGUGGAACCCUUAAUGGGCUAACAUGAAUAAUUUUCAUUUGCAUCACCAUUUGUUUUUCCAUGUUUUUUUUGUGAUUCUGUCCUUUCUUUAUUUUAAUAGGGACAUAAUGAACCAAGAUCUGUUAACUCCUGAUUUUGAAAUGAGGGCUGCACCCGAUGUCCACAGAUGUGACCUGUGCAGGAUUUCACAUGUAUUUUAAGAGCAACUCCAGAGCAGUGGUCAGCCAUGGGCAUGGUGUGUGCAGUCACAAGGGAGGUAAUAAACCUCCCUUAUACAACUUUGUAUAGACCUCCAUAGGAUAUUUUUUUUUUAAUCUGUUUGCCUGUAGUUUCCUAGCACUGGCAGGGGGCAAAUAGUUAAAAAUAUAAUAUAUCAAGAACUUUAAUAAUAUAUCUAUUUAUCAAGGAUUAUGUCCUCAAUAACUGGAAUUGAAUAGCCAAGCUGAGGGAGUGUGGUAAGGGGAAAAGUUGGUAGUGGAUGGAGAGAUGAGAUCUCUUCCCUGAUUGUAGUAAUCUUCUUAGUGAGGCGAGUUGCAAAGUUUGUGGCGGUCAAGUUGGUAGGAGGAGUUUUGAGAUGGGUGAAAGGAGUCUUCGGAGGUUGAUGGAGAAUUGCUGUAGGUCAAGACAAUGGAGGUUUCUGCAAGACUGAUGUGGUGAGGGUGGUGUACUUUGGGUACGGGGUAUGCAGAUGUCAAUGGACAACAGAUGGUGGUCAGAUAGAUGAAAUUGAACAUUGGAAAGAUUAGAGGUGGUACAGAGAUUGGUGAAGAUGAGGUCAAGAGUGUUUCCUGCUCUAUGAGUUGAUGAAUUAGACUACUGUGUAAGUCCAAUGGAGGAGGUUAUAGAGAGCAGACUAGAGGCAACUCUCUGAUGUGCCGGUAUUCACUCUAGCCAUGGGUCUCCCACAUGUGCAGGACUGGCACAUUGCAAGUUGACAACCCAGACCUUUCCACAAGCUGACAUGUGAUAUACAAAUGGCGGGUCCUAAAAUAAUAUCAGGAAGUAUUACGUUACUGAGACACAAUAAAUGUGUUUAUUUUUUACAUUUGGAUACAGUAAUAUUUCCAUUAAUGUUAAUAGGAGACCUGGGGUCUGCCUGUUGCCGCUCCACUCCUCCAUUACAUAGAAACAUAUGUGGCAACAGAUAAGAACCAGUCGGCCCAAUUUUCUAAAUACUUCCAUUAGUCCCUGGCCUUAUCGUAUAUCUGAGAUUUUUAAACCUUUGCCCCUCUAAUGUAAGACUAUGUCCUCUUGUUGUGGUACGUUUUCUUUUAACCCCUUAAGGACCGAGGACGGUUCAGGACCGUCAUCGGCAUUUUUGCCUUGCCGACCGAUGACGGUCCUGAACCGUCCAAACGGUCUGGGGGUACUUACCUGAUCGCCGUCGUUCCCCCGGCGGCGAUCAGUGUUCCUCCGGUUGUAGGGAGACUGCCUGCAGCCCAGACAGUCUCCCCACGGCAGAUUAGGACCCCUGUGGCCAUGUGAUCGCUUAACACAGCGAUCACAUGGUCACAAUAGGUGUCCUAGUGUCUGCCUGCAAGGGGACUGUCUGUGCUGACAGGCAGUCUCCCUGCAACUGUAAAAUCAGGAAAAAAAAUAAAGUUAAUGGUAAUAAAAAAAAUAAUAAUAAUUAUAUAUGUAUAAAUAUGAUAUAUAGACAUAUAUUAUAUCUAUAUAAUAUAUGUCUAUAUAUCAUAUAUAUAAUGCCAUACUAAGUGUAUUUUUAUAUUAAUAUGUACUUAUAUUAAUAUAAAAAUACACUUAUAAUUAAAUUACACACGUAUAUAUAUAAUAUAUAUAAUAACUAUAUAUAUGUAUAUAUAUAUUAUUAUAAAAUAUAACUAAGUAAUUUAAAUUAAAUAAUUUUUUUAAAAAUAAUAAUAAAAAAUUUAAAAAAAAUUAUAUAGCUAUAUGAAAUUUUAUUCUAACUGUAUUUUAAAAUUAAUAUAUAUAUAUUUAUAUCAAAAUACACUUAGAAUGAAUUUGUAUAUAUAUCUAUGUAUAUAAAAGUAAAUAAAAAUAAUAAGAAAUAUACAUAUGUCCAUAUACAAAAUUACAUAAAUAAUUAUAUAAAUAUACACGUAGACUUCAAAUAUAUAAAUAUGCAUAUAUAUUUAAAUUCUACGUGCGUAUUUAUGUAAUAUUUUUACAUAAUUCAGUAAUUUUAUUGAUUGCAAUUUGAGGGACCUGCCUGCCAACCCAGGCCGAAAUUCCAGAGAAUUUAAUUUGUUAGCACUGUAUUUUACCCUGUAACGUUCUACGACACCCUAAAACCUGUACAUGGGGGGUACUGUUUUACUCGGGAGACUUCGCUGAACACAAAUAUUAGUGAUUCACAACAUUAAAACAUAUCACAGCGAUGAUAUUGUCAGUGAAAGUUACUUUUUUUUGCAUUUUUCACACACAAACAGCACUUUUACUGAUGAUAUAAUUGUUGUGAUACGUUUUCCAGUUUUUAAACACUAAUAUUUGUGUUCAGCGAUGUCUCCCGAGUAAAACAGUACCCCCCAUGUACAGGUUUUAUAGCAUUUUUGAAAGUUACAAGGUCAAAUAUAUGGGUCAAAUAUUUUUACAUUGAAAAUGGCCAGGUUGGUUACGUUGCCUUUGAGAGCGUAUGGUAGCCCAGGAAUGAGAAAUACCCCCAUGAUGGCAUACCAUUUGCAAAAGAAGACAACCCAAGGUAUUGCAAAUGGGGUAUGUCCAGUCUUUUUUAGUAACCACUUGGUCACAAACACUGGCCAAAAUUAGCGUUCAAUUUAGUUUUUUUACUUUUUUCACACACAAACAAAUAUGAAUGCUUACUUUGGCCAGUGUUUUCGACUAAGUGGCUACUAAAAAAAGACUGGACAUACCCCAUAUUGAAUACCCUGGGUUGUCUACUUUAAAAAAAAUAUGUACAUGUGGGGUGUUAUUCAGAGAUUUAUGACAGAUAAUAGUGUUACAAUGUCACUAUUGAUAAAUUUUAAAAAUGUAUGUUUUUAAACCGCAAUAUCCUACUUGUACCUAUAGCCCUAUAACAUGCAAAAAAAAGCAAAAAAGCACGUAAACACUAGGUAUUUUUAAACUCAGGACAAAAUUUUGAAUCUAUUUAGCAGUUUUUUUCAUUCGCUUUUGUAGAUGAGUAAAAGAUUUUUCAAGUAAAAGUCAAAAAACAUGUAUUUUUUUCAAUUUUUCAUCAGAUUUUUGUAUUUUUUUUUAAAUUAAAAUACAUGAGAUUAUAUAAAUAAUGGUAUGUAAAGAAAGCCCAUUUUGUCCUGAAAAAACAAUAUAUAAUUUGUAUGGGAACAGUAAAUGAGAAAGCGGAAAAUUACAGCCAAACACAAACACCACAAAAGUGUAAAAAUAUUCCUGGUCGCAAAUGUACAACAUCGCAAAAACAGUCCAGUCCUUAAGGGGAUAAAUAUAGUCUCCUCCUUUAAUGUGUUGAUUCCCUUUAUAUAUUUAAAGGUUUCUGUCAUAUUUCCCCCUGUCUCGUCUUUUCUCCAAGCUAUACAUGUUAAGAUCCUUUAACCUUUCCUUGUAAGUUUUAUCAUGCCAGUUUAGUUACCCUUCUCUGAACUCUCUCUAAAGUAUCAAAACCCUUCUGGAGAUAUGGUCUCCAGUACUGUGUACAAUACCCCAAGUGAGGUCUCACCAGUGUUCUGUACAAUGGCAUGAGCACUUCUCUCUUUCUACUACCUCUCCCUAUAGAACCAAGCAUUCUGCUAGCAUUUCCUGCUGCUCCAUUACAUUGUCUGUCUACCUUUAAGUCAUCUGAAAUAAUUACCUCUAAACCCCUUUCCUCAGAUGUUGAGGUUAGGACUAUCAAAUAUUCUGUACUCUGCCCUUGGGUUUUUACAUCCAAGAUACAUUAUCUUAUAUAUCAUUCUGUCUUCCUCACUCUGGUUUUUUUUAUAAUUAAGAAAUGCAAAAUUUUUGGUUUUUACUAUUUUGGCCACAUCUACGGAAUACCACAGUGGUUUCUUAAUUUUUUGCUUUAACUGAUAAGCCUAAUGCAAUUUUCUGUUGCCUUCAGCAGUGCAAUUUUUAAAUAAUCCCAUUUCUCUUGGACUCCAUUUAAAUUGCUCCAGUCUGAUAAUGACUCCUUUACACAUAUUAUAAUUUUUUUCUAAAGUCUGUUUUUCUAAAGUCUAAAACUUUAGUUUUUUUGUGGUGACUCAGUCACUGUUCUUAUAUUAAACCACACUGAAUCACUGGAUCCUAAACUUUCACCUACAGUAAUAGCGGAUAUCAAAACUCCAUUUGUUAACACUAAAUCUAGUAUGGCCUCUUUAUGAGUUGGCUCCUCAACGACUUGUUUUAGAGACAAACCCAGUAUGGAGUUUAGAAUAUGUGUGCUCCUAGCACAAGCAGCUAUUUCGGUUUUCCAGUUUACGUCAGGAAGAUAAAAGUCACCCGUGAUGAUAACUUCCCCGUUCAUUGUCAUUUUAGCUAUUUCCUCAACUAGUAGACUAUCAAACUCUUCUAUUUGUCCUGGGGGCCUAUACAUCACACUUAGGCUAGUUUAUGGAUGAACUUUAAAGUGGACUCAAAUAGGAUUAAAUGUUAUUGGCUUAAGAAAUACAGGGAUUAAAUGCAGAGCAUUAAAGGAAAGCUUUCAACUCAUGUUGAGCUACCAUUUAAGUGAUCCUUGGUUGGGAGCAUAACUAGUAACGAUGAACCAAAAUAUAUACUUAUUAAAGAUUCUGUAGAAUUUUAACAAAGAAGGGUCCACUGAUUGCAUCAAAGUCCUAGAAACACUAUGGUGACUGUCCUUAUAUGAAGCUGGCUUUAACUGCUACACAAGAAAGUUUGUAGCCGGUGAAAUUGCACAGGUGAAUGGACAAUGAAUGUCAAUAUGAGUCAGUACAAGUCUUCAGGGACAAUCAGGGCACAAUAGCUCUUUCAAUGAAUCCACAUUGUCAAAGAUUUAAAUAUAUUGAUAUCAAAUAUCACAUCAAAUCAGUGAUCAAUGAAGAUGGAUUACUGUCCAACCAACAGAAUAGCAGAUAUUACUAAGCUUGCAAAAAAGUUGAAAAGGUUCUUGAGUUAUUCGUAAUGUAAAUGUCUUAAAUUAACAGUAUGUAUGUUGUGCCCUCAAUUUGUUCUUUGUCUGUGUUACAAUAACAUUGUUGACCCACCUCUUCUACUUUUGAGUGUGGAGCAGUGAAGCGCUUAACACUUGUUCCUCAGUUAUUAUGUGCACUUUCCUGUUUGUCCUACCCUCCGCAUGUAGAUUGCACCAAUUAGUGAUCACAUUCCAAAAUAAUACAUCAAAAUAUGUGGAAGAUUGUGGUUACCCAACUGUUAAAUAUGCACAAAGUGCACUCAGCUACUCUGCAUUUUUGCACCAAAUAAAACUAUUUAUAAUCAUUUUAAAUGACUAAAACUGGAUAAAUUCAAAUAAAGAUGUGAUGUCUGAAAAAAAAAAAAAUUAAAGAUGAGGAAGAAAAUUUAUUUUAUUGAAUGGAUCCUUCUUACCAUGAAAUAUUGGAUUUCUCUCAUUUGUCUAAAUCCAUUUUAUUUUAAAGACAUUUAGAGUAGUUUAGAAUCAAAAAUGAUCUGAGAUAAAGAGUAAUACAUUAUUAGCAUAUGCCAAUAAUUUACAUUAAUUAACAAGGCCAGACCUGUGAAUAUUGAUAUUAAAUGCAUCCAAAAACAACUGAUUAAGAAGAUUAGAUGCAUAUAGCUUAAUUAGCAUUAUAGUUUUGGAAGACAAAGAUCCAGUACACUAAUAUAAUAAUAUUCAAUGUCCCUCAUUAUCAGUUGCUGCUUUUUGAAUGUGCUAAGGACAAUAAUUACAUAUUAAACACGGCCAGUUAAAUUCUGAACUGUUAAGUUCCCUUUUAAAUUGACACUAUUCUGUAAUUUUGUGUAUAAUAUUUUCCCAUAAAUAUUAGAUAUUUUCUGGAAUAUUACAGUUUGGAUCUAAGUGCUUCAUUUGAAUUUGGUAUGUGCUGAUCCAAUUAUGUACCAAAUUCAAGGAAUCAGCAAUAAAAGUUGUAUUUGUAAUAAUUUAUUUUAAAGGCAAAACACAUAUUCAAAUAACUUAUUUUUCCUUUUCAGUUGUGACUGGGGCUGGAGAUGGUAUUGGUAAAGCAUAUUCAAUUGAGGUAAGACAAAAAUGUAUGCAAAUACAUUAAGACUAUCUCCCCUACAUGCUUGUUAUAGGAAUUCACUCAGUGAACUUGACUAAAAUAUGAAAUGAAUAUACCAAACAAUUUGUAGUGUAAAAUUAUAUUAACAACCUUAAAUACUGAGUAUAAAACCAGACCUUACAUUCCUUGCUUUUUUAGAAUCAAAACUAUUUAAUAACCUAAUAAAAUAAAAAAUAUUUAAAAAAAACUUUAGACCCAAAACUCCCAUACUCAAUUAACCCAGUGUAUUCCCAUUACACCCAAGUACAUUAGACCUAGCUUCAAUAGAAGAAUUGCUAUAUAAAAGUGAAUUCCAGUAUACCUCUUCUCAAAAAAAAAGUGUAAAAAGAUAUAGAAAAUGUUAAUAUGCAUACAUUAGUGGCAUAGUAUAUCUUGCUCUAUAAUGUAUAAAUAUAUUAAUUAACACCCUUGUGCUCACUGCAAAACACAUGGAUAAACUGUAAACUGUUACCUGGAAGUUAUUACCUAUAACAUAAAAAAAAUUAAAUACAAAAUAAAUUAAUUAUUUUGGGGGGAUUACAUGUUAAAUGUAAUUUCUCUCCCUCGCAGCCAUUCCAUAAAAAUGUUUUCUACAUAUGUAGGGUCAUUCAAUAAACACUUUUGUUCUGUUGGUCCUACCAACUAUAAUUUUUUCGGAAGCAUUCAGAAAAUCAGUAAUAUCCGCAUGCCACCAAUAUAAAAAACACAGGAGUCAGAUAUUAACAAUGACAUGGCAACCAAAUGUAAACCCAGUGCAUGCUUUUAACAGAUGCCAAAUAUAAAAACAAGUGUCAAAAUUAUAAAUUUUUGAAACUAAAAUUCUAAGGUCCCAAAUUUGUAUCUGUAAUUUAACCAAAAAAGAUUAAAGGGACACUAUAGUCACCCAGACCACUUCAGCUCAAUGAAGUGGUCUGGGUGCCAGGUCCCACAGGUUUAAACCCUUCAGAUGCAAACAUAGCAGUUUCAGAGAAACUGCUAUGUUUACAUUGCAGGGUUAAUCCAACCUCUAGUGGCUGUCUUCCAGAAAGCCACUAGAGGCGCAUCUGCGACGCUGGAUGCGAAUUUCACAUCCAUCGCGCAGAGCGUCCAUAGGAAAGCAUUGAGAAAUGCCACGCAUGCGCAUUCCGCUCCACUAGGGAGCUAACGUCGGCGUGGGAGGAGAGGUCGCUGGAUAAAGGUAAGCUGCUGAAGGGUUUUUUAACCCCUUCAGCACCACGGGAGGGGGACCCUGAGGGUGGGGGCACCCUCAGGGCACUAUAGUGUCAGGAAAACCGCUUUGUUUUCCUGACACUAUAGUGAUCCUUUAAAGGUAGACAUAUAUGUAUCUAACAAAAUGCAAGAAUAUUGUAAAUCAUAUUGCAAAAAUGCAAUGUUGCAUCUAUAAAUGUUCAAAAUAUAUUUAUUGGAAUUUUUGCAAAGACUAGUAAUAAAAAGGUUAGAGUACUAGUGUCAAAAUCCCCAUAAGUACAUCCCCGAUAUAUAAAAAUGUGUAACUUGGUUUUGAAAUAGGAAUGCGCUUUCUUUGGUACACAAAUCCUAGCUGUAUUAAAGGGACACUCCAGGCACCCAGACCACUUCUGCCCAUUGGAGUGGUCUUGGUACCAAUUCUCAUCACCCUUAACCCUGCAAGUGUAAUUAUUGCAGUUUUUAUAAACUGCAAUAAUUACCUUGCAGGGUUAAGUCCUCCUCUAGUGGCUGUCUACCACAGUGUUUCCCAACCCAGUCCUCAAGGCACACCUACCAGUCCAGGAUUUAGGGAUUACCCAGUUGUGUCUGUUACGAUUGCCCCCGGUCUAGCAGGAGGGUUGAUCGCUUGGAUGUCCUGGUUCCCGCUGCAGAGAGUCGAACGGAGGUCUUUCGGUAGUAAGCUGCAAAUGUAGAAUAUCGCCAAGCACGAUAUAAGCAUCAAUAUCCCGGAUCCCUACAACAUGAGUCGAGGCUGCAAGUUGAGGGUCAAAAACGAACUGGCUUUACUGGCACAUAGCAUGGCAAUUUAUGUGAUUCCCCAGGUCCAAGGACAGCCCCCUGUGGACCUGAUGGAAUACAGGUACAGUACAAACAGGUAACCAAUCACAGUACACUGUAUCAUUUGAAUUAGUACCCGCCCAGCUUGGAGAUAAUGAGGCCAACGGUUUUACAAUCUAAUUAUCUCCAAGCGCACAAAAGACCACGUGUUAUUAUGUCCCAGCAAACUACAUGAAAAUCCAUAACUUGUACAUUAUUACAGUAACACCACUCAUUCUACCCUUCAUCUGAAGGCUCGCGUUCGUGUAUAUAAAACAGGCGAAUGGCGCUCUAAUCCCACGAACAGAAUGUACUGUUUCUGCCGUAUAAAGUCCGUUCGGCAUUUUGAGAUUGUUAGUCUUUGUUGGCGGCCAUGUUUUCUGCUGGUUUAGCGAGCAGCGGGACUUCGUGUCUAACUCGUGGAACUAAACUCGGUAUCAGUUCAUGCGAAGUCCCGCUGUCUGUCUGGUAGUGGGCUCGUUCGGUAAGGGAAUGAGGACCACCUGGGAGCAGGGUACUUGACCUGCGGUUAACCGCAGAAACCACAAGUUAACGAGCGCCACGUGACCCGCUGUAGGGGGUCGUCGUUCGGUUGAUAGUUCUGUAUUUUCCCUUCGGUACUUUGGGUGCGAACGUCGAUGCCCCCAGGCCUACCAAUUACGUUGUGGUUAACCGCAAACCGCAGACACCUGGGUGGUUAAUGGCUGCCACACUCCGAGGGCCGGGUGGUCGACCGUUCGGUAGUUUGCGGGGUGACGGGGUUAAGUGGCGGCACACGCCAGUUUCUGGGGGGUCCCCCGUUCGUACCACGAAUGGAGCCUUCAUAAGGGUUCGCGUAAUCCAUUCGUGUGGUUUUCUGCUUAACUUAUGCAGUGGCAAACAGUAUCAAUCGGUGAGUUAAAACAGCAACAUAGUGAUUUCCAGUCUUUUGUAACAAUGCUCCCUCUUUGUGGAACACUCUGGCAGACACUGUCUGACCCCUUUUCGGGGCAGACUAAGGCUGUCCAGACUCGUGGGGUUAUGCUGGGCUGAGAUCUGUUUGCCGGGAUAAUCCAUCUGCGUUGCCGUUCUGCUUCCCAGGUCGGUAGGUGAUUGUGAAAUUAAAGGGUUGCAGGGAUAAGCUCCAGCGUAACAAUCUGCCAUUGUCCCCAGCGACCCGGUUGAGCCACACCAGCGGGUUAUGGUCUGUAACUAGAGUGAACUCUUGUCCAUACAAAUAGGGGGUUAACUUCUUUAGUGCCCACACCAGAGCCAAACACUCCUUUUCUACCGCUGCAUAGCUGACUUCGCGUGGUAGGAGUUUUCGACUGAUGUAGGCAAUCGGGUGUUCUUUCCCAUCUUCUCCUACUUGGCUGAGGACAGCUCCCAGCCCGAACAUGGAAGCGUCUGUAUGGACAAUAAAACGUCGAUUAGGGGCUGGGGCAGCCAAGACAGGAGCAUUAAUCAACGCAGUUUUGAGGGCUUGGAAAGCCGUUUCACAGUGGGGAGACCACAGGACCUGUCGGGGAAGGUUUUUCUUUGUCAGGUCGGUCAGGGGUUUGGCGCUAUACUCCGGUACAAAUUUUCUGUAGUACCCAGCGGUACCCAGAAAGGCUAGUACUUGGGUCUUAGUGUGGGGAGUGGGCCAGUUGGUGACCGCUUCUAUUUUAGCUGGCUCCGGUCGUUGCUUCCCACAGCCUACCCGGUGACCCAGGUACUGAACCUCAGCCAUCCCAAAGUGACAUUUUUCGGGCUUUAGCGUCAGGCCGGCGGCUCGAAUCUGGUCUAGGACUAUUCCCACAUGAGCCAGGUGUUCUUCCCAGGAUUCACUGUGGAUCGCUAUGUCGUCCAGAUAUGCGCAGGCAAACUCCUGGAAGCCAUCAAGGAGUCUGUCCACCAAGCGCUGGAAGGUAGCGGGGGCAUUCUUCAUCCCGAACGGCAUGACCUUAAAGUGGUACAGACCGAACGGGGUGACGAAGGCCGACUUGGGGACAGCCUCCCUGGCCAGGGGGAUUUGCCAGUAACCCUUACAGAGGUCAAUGGUAGUUAGGUAGUUCCCCCUGGCUAUGCGAUCUAGCAGCUCAUCCACUCUGGGCAUGGGGUAGGCAUCGGUGACAGUUUUGUCAUUGAGUUUCCGGUAGUCUACACAGAAUCUGGUGGUGCCGUCCUUUUUGGGGACCAGCACCACCGGGGAUGCCCAGGGACUAUCGGAAGCUUCAAUGACCCCUAGUCGCAGCAUCUCAUCUAUUUCCUUUUUCAUGCCUGUCCUUACUGCCUCCAGAAUUCGGUAGGGCGCCUGUCUCAAAGGGUUUUGGCCGGGGGUAUCUACUUGGUGAGUGGUCAGCUCAGUGUACCCUGGCUCUUGGGAGAACAUGGCUUGUUUCUCUCGGAGCAGUUUGUGUAGCUGCUCCCUCUCAACUGGGCUAAGUCUGUCCCCGAUCUGCACUUGGCUCACUAUUUCAACUGGGGAGUUAGGGGUUAAUAGGUCGGGUAUAGGGAGACUCUCUGCAUCCUCGUGUGCAGGGCUACAUAUGGCUACCACUUCCUCGGGUCUCUGCAAGUAUUCCUUCAACAUGUUCACGUGAAAUAUCUUCCUUAAGUUUUCAUCGUGAAAGCUGGCAAUUACAUAAGUGGUGUCUCCUCUCUUCUCUACUAUCUGGUAGGGACCCUGCCAGGCUGCUUGUAGCUUGUCUGCCUUAACUGGUUUUAGUACCAUGACUUUCUGUCCGAGACAGAAGGUUCUCCGCCGUGCCCCCCGGUCGUACCAGACUUUCUGUCGCCCCUGGGCCGCCUGGAGGUUGGCCUGGACUGACUUAGCCAAUUGCUCCAUUCGGUCCCUGAGCUCUAGUACGUAAGGCACGAUGGGGACCCCGGCGUUCUCUGUCUCUCCCUCCCAGUGCUCACGGAUCAGGUUCAGGGGACCCCGUACCUUGCGACCGUAUAACAGCUCAAAGGGAGAGAACCCGGUGGUUUCCUGGGGCACUUCCCGGUAAGCGAACAGGAGGUGCGGCAGGAAACGUUCCCAGUCCCUAUACUCCUGGGUAAAGGUUUUCAACAUCUGCUUGAGGGUUCCGUUGAACUGCUCACAUAGCCCAUUGGUCUGGGGGUGGUACGGGGAGCUAAGAAGGGAUUUUAUUUUGCAAACGUGCCAUAGCUGCUGGGUCAGUUCUGCCGUGAACUGUGAUCCCCUGUCGGAUAGGAUCUCCCUAGGGAAUCCUACCCGAGAAAACACCUGCACUAAUGCAUUAGCCACCGUGUCUGCCUGGAUAUUGGAUAAAGCCACAGCUUCUGGGUAGCGGGUAGCAUAGUCCACUAUGGUAAGAAUGUAUCUCUUGCCCGAGGGACUAGGGGUGGCCAGGGGCCCAACUAAGUCAAUGGCUACCCGGCUAAACGGCUCGUCAAUAAUGGGCAUGUUAACGAGGUGUGCCUUGGGGUGGUCUCCUCGUUUGCCUACCCGUUGGCACACCUCACACGUAUUACAAUAGGACCUCACAUCUGCAUGUACUCCUGGCCAGAACAAGGUAUGGGUAAUACGGUGCAGGGUACGGGUUACUGCCAAGUGCCCGGCUAAGGGAAUAUCAUGACCCACCCGGAGGAUAUCUCGCCUAUACUUGUGGGGUAUUACUAACUGUCUCCUCCGGUGGCCCUUUUUCUCGGUGUGUCGGUACAGUCGGCCCUGUUCCCACGCAAAAGUCUCCUGGUCUGAUCCCCCAGUCCCUGUAUCAGCCCUUUCCCUAUAUUUUUGGAGCGUCGGGUCAGUUUUGGUCUCAGCCUCAAAGGCUGCAGGGGUGUCCCAGGGCAAAGGGGUAGGAGGGGGGGUCACCUGAGCCUCCCGCACUGGUGAAGGGUCUCGUACUCGUCCAGCUUGUGACCGGGUCGUCACAGGAUGUGCCUCAGCGUUGUAGGAAGGGGCAUAAGCGGAAGUCAUAGGUCCCAGGUCGUUUCCCAGCAAAACUUCGGCUGGCAAAUUAUCCAUAAUUCCCACCCUCACAAGUCCUUUUCCCGCACCCCAAUCCAAGUGUACCUUUGCUGUGGGUAGUUUGUAUAUGUCCUCUCCAGCCACCCGGACAGCCACUGUGUCAGGAGAGCGUUUGUAGUCGGGGACUAACCGGCUUUGUACCAAGGUGAUCGUGGCCCCGGUAUCUCUUAACCCCUGUGUGGGACGACCCUCUAGCAGUACCUCUUGCCGGUGGUGUUGUCUAUUGUCACUGGCGGCAUACACAGGAUUAGCUUCAUGUAGGGGUCGCAGCUAUUCUUCUAAAGGACUGUCUUGUUCCAGGCAAAACGCUCGAGCUGGACGAUUGUUUCCCGUUGGAGCGGAAUUAUAGUUCCGUGCGGGGUAAUUGUUGUUGAGGGGGCAACUCGCUAUCAGGUGCCCCGGUUGCUUGCACUUAUAACAUGUGGGUCGGGAGCGUUCCUGAGGGUAGUGGCUGGGUGGUCCCGGGUACCGUGUAGGACCUGCGGGUACAGGGUUGCGAAACUCCGUUCGUGGAGUUGAUCGGUAUCCCUCUCUUGCUUCGGGGCGAGUUACCGUUCGGGCAUUGUUGAACUCCUGUACUUGCGCAUCCCGGUGUUCGUCUGCCAACCGGGCUGCUUCGUGUAGGUUAGCGGGACGCCGGUCUUUCAACCACUCCCGGUCUUUUUGUUCCAGACCCUCAUAAAAAUGUUCUAAUAAGAAAAGUUCCAAUAUUUCCGCGGCCGUGACGGCCCGACACCCGGUAAUCCAAUGGGUAGCAGCUCUCCGCAUACGGUGUGCCCAUUCGGCAUGUGUGUCAUUCGCUUUUUUCUUCGUGCUGCGGAACUGCCUUCGGUAGGUGUCUGGGGUCACAGCGUACCGUUUCAGCAGUGUCUCUUUUACUGUGGUGUAUUGGGCUACCUCUUCUGCGCUGAGGGUUCGGAAGGCUUCCAUGGCCCGCCCGGUUAAUUUUCCUGCCAGGAUACGCGGCCACGCGGCGACGGGGAUCUGAUGCAGGGCACAUUGUCUUUCAAAAUCGGCCAAAAAUUCGUCUAUCCCCAUCUCAUUCUCCGCGAACGGCUUGAAUGCCGCGAACGGAAUCUUUGGCUGUUCGGUAGUUUCUAGGGGGCCGUUGUGGCUAUCAGCGGUCUUCAUGCUCAGCUCGUGGGCUCUAGUCCGCUGUACGUCCGCCUCGGCUUCUGCCAUUAGUUGCUGUAUCAGCUCCACGGAUGGGUUCGGUCCGUACAGAGGCAGCCUUUCUCGGACAAGCCUGGUCUUCUCAUCGCUGCAUGCUGCCGUCGGUUCUGCCAUGGUGAAGCUUUGAUCCAACUCGUUCAGGUCGGCAAUCAAUUCUCUCCUCGGCCGGUUACUUGCGUUCCCUCCACGGCUCUCGAGUAAAUCCUUUAACGUGGUACGCUUCAGCUUAUCCUAUAUAUCUCUUUCAGGAAUUCCAGGAUGAUCCCACCGCUGCCACCAAUUGUUACGAUUACCCCCGGUCUAGCAGGAGGGUUGAUUGCUUGGAUGUCCUGGUUCCCGCUGCAGAGAGUCGAACGGAGGUCUUUCGGUAGUAAGCUGCAAAUGUAGAAUAUCCCCAAGCACGAUAUAAGCAUCAAUAUCCCGGAUCCCUACAACAUGAGUCGAGGCUGCAAGUUGAGGGUCAAAAUGAACUGGCUUUACUGGCACAUAGCAUGGCAAUUUAUGUGAUUCCCCAGGUCCAAGGACAGCCCCCUGUGGACCUGAUGGAAUACAGGUACAGUACAAACAGGUAACCAAUCACAGUACACUGUAUCAUUUGAAUUAGUACCCGCCCAGCUUGGAGAUAAUGAGGCCAACGGUUUUACAAUCUAAUUAUCUCCAAGCGCACAAAAGACCACGUGUUAUUAUGUCCCAGCAAACUACAUGAAAAUCCAUAACUUGUACAUUAUUACAGUAACACCACUCAUUCUACCCUUCAUCUGAAGGCUCGCGUUCGUGUAUAUAAAACAGGCGAAUGGCGCUCUAAUCCCACGAACAGAAUGUACUGUUUCUGCCGUAUAAAGUCCGUUCGGCAUUUUGAGAUUGUUAGUCUUUGUUGGCGGCCAUGUUUUCUGCUGGUUUAGCGAGCAGCGGGACUUCGUGUCUAACUCGUGGAACUAAACUCGGUAUCAGUUCAUGCGAAGUCCCGCUGUCUGUCUGGUAGUGGGCUCGUUCGGUAAGGGAAUGAGGACCACCUGGGAGCAGGGUACUUGACCUGCGGUUAACCGCAGAAACCACAAGUUAACGAGCGCCACGCGACCCGCUGUAGGGGGUCGUCGUUCGGUUGAUAGUUCAGUAUUUUCCCUUCGGUACUUUGGGUGCAAACGUCGAUGCCCCCAGGCCUACCAAUUACGUUGUGGUUAACCGCAAACCGCAGACACCUGGGUGGUUAAUGGCUGCCACACUCCGAGGGCCGGGUGGUCGACCGUUCGGUAGUUUGCGGGGUGACGGGGUUAAGUAGCGGCACACGCCAGUUUCUGGGGGGUCCCCCGUUCGUACCACGAAUGGAGCCUUCAUAAGGGUUCGCGUAAUCCAUUCGUGUGGUUUUCUGCUUAACUUAUGCAGUGGCAAACAGUAUCAAUCGGUGAGUUAAAACAGCAACAUAGUGAUUUCCAGUCUUUUGUAACAGUGUCUAAGGUGUUUUUUAUCUUCUUUGUAAAAACACCUUAGACACAACUGGGUAAUCCCUAAAUCCUGGACUGGUAGGUGUGCCUUGAGGACUGGGUUGGGAAACACUGGUCUACCAGACAGCCACUAGAGGGACUUCCUGGGUUCUUAAAACCUGAAAAGUGUUUUAAACAACGCUGGAUGUCCUCACGCUAUGCUUUUCCUAAAGGGAGAUCUAUUGCGCGCGUUUGGCCAAUGCUGCGCAUGCGCAUUAGGUCUCCCCAGCCGGCGGGACAUCGGCGCUGGAUUCAGGAAAGUCACUGAAGUGGUUUGAACCCCUUCAGCUACAUGGGAUGGGGGUGGGAGGCACGGCAGGACCCUGCAGUGCCAGGAAAAUGGUUUUGUUUUCCUGGCACUGGAGAGUCCCUUUAAGUAUUUCCAAUUUCUUAACAAAUGGUUUAAACUUUAUUUUUCUUUAGCUAUACUUCUGGACUAUAAACUGUAUGUUUUUUUCCACAAUGUUUCUAUUUUUUUUCCUAGCUUGCUAAACGUGGGAUGAAUAUUGUAAUGAUCAGCCGAACGGUUGAGAAAAUGAAGACAGUUGCAAUGGAAAUUGGUAAGUGAUCAUUUUUUUUCCUAGGGUCAGGUCAAAACAAUAUUUUUUCAAUGAAAUAGUAAAAAAGGCAAUGUUUACAUUUCUCCUGAAGGACACCUCUAGUGGCUUUCACUCAGACAUCCUCUACAAGUGCUUCCCAUUACGGUUCUGAAAUCUUUGCAUGUUUCACGUUUGGCAUCUUCACGCUCUGCAUGAAUAUGCUGAAUGCUUCCUAAAAAGAUGCACUGAGAUAUUUCAUCUCUAUGAGGAAAUGCUGGUUAGCACAGUAAUUGCUGUGCAUGCACAUUAAGUCCGUAAUAAUUCACUGUGGAGAAGCAUUGGAAUACCUGAAAACAUUAGUAAUAGAGAUCUCAGUGAGAGGUGGAGCAGCAGUCACCACAAUUAGGCCGACACAGCGUGGGAUUGAAGGUAAGUAAAUUGCUUUAUUUUAUCAUUAGAGGAGUACCUCUAACAUUGGAAAUAUAUGUGAUCCUUUAAGAGCAUUGCACAAUAAAACUCCUGAUGUGUAUUAAGAUAUAUCUAGACAUGGAUCUACCACACUGGCUGGUUACACGAUGGCUCAAAAGUCAUGUUUAAAGUGGCAAAUAUGAUGCACAAUGUAAGGAAUCAAAAAGCAUUUUAAUUUUGUACUUUUUAACUUUUAGUGUUUUGGGAGGCUUAAAAAUAUGUAUGAAACAUUAUAGUCUGCACAUAGGCAUACUUGGAAUAUUUGUUGAGGACCACACCUAUUGUGCAAAGUCUAUAAAGCCUAUAUGAGCACUUGAUUCAUCAUUGUUUGUUGGUAUUCUGAACAGAACAUUCAACGGGGAGAAAUGUCAAGAUCAUACAAGUUGACUUCACAAAAGGCAGUAUUUAUGAAUACAUAGAAGAAAGCUUAAAUGGUCUGGAGAUUGGAAUUCUGGGUAAGAGUUUUCUUGCAUUUUAUUAUGGAAAUGCCAUAUUGUCAUUACUGUUCAGAAAUUGUACUAGAUGAUGAAAGUAGUAAAGUUAUUUGAAGUUCCACCAGAUGAAGAAUGUAUAUACUGUGCAAACGUUUUAGGCAGGUGUUAAAAUAUACUGUAAAGUAAGAAUGCUUUCAGAAACAGAAAUACUAAUAGUUUAUUUUGAUCAAGUAUCUAAAGGGAACAGAAGGAAAAUCUAAAUCAAAUCAGUAUUUGGUGUAAACACCCUUUUCCUUCAAAACAGCAUUAGUUUAUUAUAGGUACACUUGCAAACAGUUCUGUAAGGAACUCGACAGUUAGGUUAUUCCAAACAUCUGUAAUGAGCUAACCAAAGUUCUCUUGUGGAUUUAGACAAUCUCAGUCUCUUCAUAUAAUCUCGGACAGAUUGGAUGAUGUUGACAUCAGGGGUCCAUGUAGGCCAUACCAUCACUUCUUGUUCUUUACUCUGAAGAUAGUUUAUAAUGACUUUGGCUCUAAGUUUGGGGUUGUUGUCAAGUUGCAGACUAAAUGUGAGGCCAAUCAGAUGCAUGCAUCCCUGAGGUACUGAAUAAUGGAUAAGCUGUUUAGUGAAUCAGAUAUGGUGGCUGACCAGUGGUUAAUAUAAACCCCAUAUUAGUAUGAGGGAGGUUUUAAUUCCUCUUAUGAGACUUGCCUGUGAGUAUUCCAAAAAAGGUUUCAUGACUUGUCAGUCAGGACGCUCUGAUUGGUUGGUUUACAAGAAAACCGGAGGCAUCUGACUAAGAUUUCAAAUUUUUAAAAAAAUAUCAAAAUAUUAACAUAUGUUUCAAAAUAUUAAUUAAUUUUACAUGUUUACUAAAAUAAAUAUUAAAUUGAGGCUUACAGUGAGGCUUAUAUUAGUAGACCCCAUCCACCACCCAUGGGUCCCUGCCUAGUCAUCAUCAUUUUAACUGCCCUCACCCAUAGUUUAUCUGUGGGGAUGGAGGUGUGUUCAAGUCCACGUAAUGGAUCCAGGAAGGCUGCAUACAUUAUAAAGGUUCUGCUAGGACCAAUGGAUACAACAUAUAGAAUGAGGGGAUAUGAUAACAUUAUACAAAUAUAUCCAGGUCCAAUACAAACCAUUGUGUGGAAAUCUAUUCAAAACAGGACAUGAGGUCAUGUGUUUAGACUGGAAGAAAGAAGAUUUAGUCUAAGGCAAAGGAAAGGGUUUUUUUACCGUAAGAAAAAUAAAGACAUGGAAUUCUCUGCCUGAAGAAGUGGUUUUAUCAGAGUCCGUACAGAUGUAUAACAGCAACUAGAUGCAUACUUGCAAAAACAUAAUAUUAAAUUAUAUAAUUUUUCAAUUGAAGGGUAAUUAAUAGCUUCUUGAUCUAAGGAUAAAUCUAACUGCCAUUCUAGGAACAAAAGGGAUUUUUCCUAGUUUGUUGCAAAAUUGGAAGUGCUUCAAACUGUUUAUUUGCCUUCUUUUGGAUCAACAGCAAAAACCAAAUGUGAGGAAGGCUGAACUUGAUGGUCACGUCCGUUUUUUUAGCCUUUGUAACUAUGUAGCUAACCUAGUGUCACGGCUUAACUUGGUUGGAGUCUGUAGCACAGAGAUGUAUGCUCACCCUUGUAGAUAGACAGUCCAAGGUGACCAGGUAAGAAGCCACCUGGACUGCGAAUCUGUGCACGGUGGCUGUGGAGGAAUAGUGCUCCAAGUCGCAGUACAGGCAAGGAUAAGCUGAAGAAUAGUCAAGGAAUAUCUGUAGUCAGAGAAUGUCAGAGGUCAGAGUAAACAAAUAAAUAAGCCAAAGUCGGAAGCUGGAAGCAGUCUGGAGAACAGAUGAUCAAGAUACACAAUAACAGAAACCAAACAGAAAAACCAGAGACAAUGAACUGACACUGCUCUCAUGGAGAGGCAGUGUCUUAUACCUGGCUAAUUAGGCAUCUGCUUAAGGUGGAUUGAGAUCGACAGGAGCAGCCACAGGUAAAGUCCAGCCCCCUAGUGCUGGAGAUAAGGAAAGAUCGGACUUCAGACUGAUACAUGAGGUGAAUUAUGGCUCAGAGGUAAGACAGCAGGAUUAGGGCACUGUUCAAAUCCCCUGUCUGGCACCUGUUGGGUGGCCACGUCUGGCUGUCUGGAUGGCACGGUGCAAACCAUGACACCUAGCACACUCAUUCACUAAACAGGAGCUUCAAAGACCACAGAAUUCGAUUGUUUAAAAAAAACAAAAACAAAAAACAAUGGGGAUUUAGUUAUAGAAAAUGAUCACACAUUGCAAAAGCCUGGCACAAUGGCAAGUACCCAUUUUUUGUCAGGUCCCACUCUAGCAGCCUAAUGCCUGCUCUCAUGAGAUUAACCUACUUAAUUGGGAAGGGGUGCAAAACCAAGGAAGUUGGCCCAGAUUCCCACAUAUAUUUACAUAUGAAAUGUAUUAUUAUAGAACAACACAAUUGAGUAAGAUUAAGGUUUAACCCCUUCCCGACCGAGGACGGUUCAGGACCGUCAUCGGGAUUUUCCCAUUGCGGACCGAUGACGGUCCUGAACCGUCCUAACGGUUUCCGUUACUUACCUGAUCGCCGUCGUUCCCCCGGCGGCGAUCAGUGUUGCUCCCGGUGUGGGGAGACUGCCUGCAGCCCAGAGAGUCUCCCCACACUGAUUUAGGACCCCUGGGGCCAUGUGAUCGCUUAACAUAGCGAUCACAUGGUCACAAUGGGUGUCCAUAGUGCUGCCUGCAGGGGGACUGCCUGUGCUGACAGGCAGUCUCCCUGCUAGUGUAAAAUCAAAAAAAUAAAUAAAGUUAAUGUUAAUAAAAAAUAAAUAAAUAAUUAUAUAUGUGUAUAUAUGAUAUAUAGACAUAUAUUAUAUUUAUAUAAUAUAUGUCUAUAUAUCAUAUAUAUAUAAUGUCAUACUAAGUGUAUUUUUAUAUUAAUAUGUACUUAUAUUAAUAUAAAAUACACUUAUAAUUAAAUUACACACGUAUAUAUAUAAUAUAUAUAAUAACUAUAUAGAUUGUAUAUAUAUAUUAUUAUAAAAUAUAAAUAAUAAGUAAUUUAAAUUAAAUAAAAUUUUUUUUAAAUAAUAAUAAAAAAAAUUAAAAAAAUUAUAUAGCUAUAUGAAAUUUUAUUCUAACUGUAUUUUAAAAUUAAUAUAUAUAUAUUUAUAUCAAAAUACACUUAGAAUGAAUUUGUAUAUAUAUCUAUGUAUAUAUAAAUAAAUAAAAAUAAUACGAAAUAUACAUAUGUCCAUAUACAAAAUUACAUAAAUAAUUAUAUAAAUAUACACGUAGACUUCAAAUAUAUAAAUAUGCAUAUAUAUUUAAAUUCUACGUGCAUAUUUAUGUAAUAUUUUUACAUAAUUCAGUAAUUUUAUUGAUUGCAAUUUGAGGGACCUGCCUGCCAACCCAGGCCGAAAUUCCAGAGAAUUUAAUUUGUUAGCACUGUAUUUUACCCUGUAACGUUCUACGACACCCUAAAACCUGUACAUGGGGGGUACUGUUUUACUCGGGAGACUUCGCUGAACACAAAUAUUAGUGAUUCAAAACAGUAAAGCAUAUCACAGCGAUGAUAUUGUCAGUGAAAAUGACUUUUUUUGCAUUUUUCACACACAAACAGCACUUUUACUGAUGAUAUAAUUGUUGUGAUACGUUUUCCAGUUUUUAAACACUAAUAUAUGUGUUCAGCGAUGUCUCCCGAGUAAAACAGUACCCCCCAUGUACAGGUUUUAUAGCAUUUUUGAAAGUUACAAGGUCAAAUAUAUGGGUCAAAUAUUUUACAUUGAAAAUGGCCAGGUUGGUUACGUUGCCUUUGAGAGCGUAUGGUAGCCCAGGAAUGAGAAUUACCCCCAUGAUGGCAUACCAUUUGCAAAAGAAGACAACCCAAGGUAUUGCAAAUGGGGUAUGUCCAGUCUUUUUUAGUAGCCACUUGGUCACAAACACUGGCCAAAAUUAGCGUUCAAUUUAGUUUUUUAACUUUUUUCACACACAAACAAAUAUGAAUGCUUACAUUGGCCAGUGUUUUCGACUAAGUGGCUACUAAAAAAGACUGGACAUAACCCAUAUUGAAUACCCUGGGUUGUCUACUUUAAAAAAAAUAUGUACAUGUGGGGUGUUAUUCAGAGAUUUAUGACAGAUAAUAGUGUUACAAUGUCACUAUUGAUAAAUUUUAAAAAUGUAUGUUUUGAAACCGCAAUAUCCUACUUGUACCUAUAGCCCUAUAACAUGCAAAAAAAAAAGCAAAAAAGCACGUAAACACUAGGUAUUUUUAAACUCAGGACAAAAUUUUGAAUCUAUUUAGCAGUUUUUUUCAUUCGCUUUUGUAGAUGAGUAAAAGAUUUUUCAAGUAAAAGUCAAAAAACAUGUAUUUUUUUCAAUUUUUCAUCAUAUUUUUUAAUUUUUUUUAAAUUAAAAUACAUGAGAUUAUAUAAAUAAUGGUAUGUAAAGAAAGCCCCUUUUGUCCUGAAAAAAACAAUAUAUAAUUUGUAUGGGAACAGUAAAUGAGAAAGCGUAAAAUUACAGCCAAACACAAACACCACAAAAGUGUAAAAAUAUUCCUGGUCGCAAAUGUACAACAUCGCAAAAACAGUCCAGUCCUUAAGGGGUUAAAUCAAUUUAAUCACAUUUUUAAUAUUUGCUUGUUAUAUUUUUUUCUCUUAGUUAACAAUGUUGGAAUGCUUCACAACCCAGAACCGUGUCGCUUUCUCAAUGGACCAGAAAAUGAUAAGGUACUGUACAUCACAUCUGUAUUACUAUGAUGUUAGUAUUAAUGACAUAAUAUUAGUAGAAAUGUCAUAUUUUACGUGUUAUUGCACACAUUUAAAAAACCCCAAAGAACAUUUUGGAGAUAAAAGAGUUCAAAAGGAAAAUAUGAUACCUCCAACUAGAUUUAAAUACAGUACAUUACUUUUUGAUUCACAGCUAUAUGACUUUUAGACAAUUUCUAUUUGUUCUAAUCGGAAAUAGCUAUAUACAGUUGGGGAAAAAAUAUUUGAUCCCUCAAUGUUUUUGAACGUUUGUCCACUGACAAAAAAAUGAUCAGUCUAUAAUUUUAAUGGUAGGUGUAUUUUAACAGUGAGAGACAGAAUAACAAAAUAAAAAAUCCAGAAAAACGCACGUUAAAGGACCACUCUAGGCACCCAGAGCACUUCAGCUUAAUGAAGUGGUCUGGGUGCCAGGUCCUUCUAGGGUUAACCCAUUUUUUCAUAAACAUAGCAGUUUCAGAGAAACUGCUAUGUUUGUGAAUGGGUUAAGCCUUCCCCCAAAGCCUCUAGUGGCUGUCUCACUGACAGCCGCUAGAGGCGCUUGCGUGCUUCUCACUGUGAUUUUCACAGUGAGAGCACGCAAGCGUCCAUAGGAAAGCAUUGUAAAUGCUUUCCUAUGCGACGGGUUGAAUGCGCGCGCAGCUCUUGCCGCGCGUGCGCAUUCAGCCGGCGGGGUGGAUCGGAGGCGGAGAGGAGGAGGAGAGCUCUCCGCCCAGCGCUGGAAAAAGGUAAGUUUUACCCCCUUUCACCCUUCCAGAGCCGGGCGGGAGGGGGUCCCUGAGGGUGGGGGCACCCUCAGGGCACUAUAGUGCCAGGAAAACGAGUAUGUUUUCCUGGCACUAUAGUGGUCCUUUAAAAGAGUUCUCAAAUUGAUUUCCAUGUCAAUGAGUGAAAUAAGUAUUUGAUCCUCUGUCAAUCAGCAAGAUUUCUGGCUCCCAGGUGUCUUUUAUACAGGUAACGAGCUGAGUUUGGGAGCACUCUCUUAAAGGGAGUGCUCCUAAUCUCAGAUCGUUACCUGUAUAAAAGACACCUGUCCACAGAAUCAAUCAAUCAGAUUUCAAACUCUCCACCUUAAAAAAAAAAGUGUUGAAGAAGAAGAGCAAGUAGUGGACAAAAACAAUAUUUUAAAAGAGUGCCUGUGAGUUUUAAAAGAACACUCGAACUGCAGAGCUAGCUCAUUGGCUAAGAAUGAUUGCUUGGAGCCAAUGAGCUAUGCCUUGAGCUUAGAUCAAACAGAGAGCUACUGGCACUUUUGAAGAUGUAUUAGAGGCAAGGAGUGAUGUUCAGUAGACUCCAGGUAUAUUGGGGGUUUCCAGGGCGACUCUGACACAAUUCACUACAGUGCGAUAAAGUGAUCAUGGUGGUUAGAGUGUUCCUUUAAAAAACAAAAAAUUAAAUCUCAUGGUUUAUUUCCAUAACAUUAUAGAACAUCACCGUCUGCUAGCAAUUACCUUGCCCUGACUUUUACCUUUUGGGUCUUAGAAGGUAUCCUGACCUCAUACUACUGCACAUUGAGUGUGCCCAGUAUUUUUCUUUGUACAUAUCAAUAUAUUGCCAAAUUAAAGGUAGUGAAAGAGUAAUAUGUUGUCACAUUAAUCUAGUCUGUUAAUUAUAUAUUUUUCUCCAGAAUCUGAUAAACUGCAACAUCCUUUCUGCUGUUAAGGUAUGUCAUGGAAAUUUACAUUAAUUGGUUUUAUAAUUAUACCAUAACAAGUUAUUCACAAGUGUUAACUUUCAGGAAUUCAAAGUAAAGUUAAAAUAGCUAAAUUGCAAACAUUCAAAAGUCGAUUUUAUUCUCAAUUCCGAUAUUUUGGCCUAAAAUAUGAAAAUAACUUUGAAUUCAUUUUGAAUUCCCAACAAUCUACACUACAAAGGGACACUUCAGAUACCCAUACCACCUCAUCUAAAUGAAGUGAUCUGGGCACCAUGUUCCUCUCAUUUAAACCUUGCAAUAUAAAACUUAACCAUUCUGCGGGAAUGACAAUUUUUACAUUGCAGUGUUUAAAUGCCUCUAGUGGCUGUCAUACUGACAGUCUUUAGAUGUGCUUCUGCAGAAAUAGCAGAGUGAAACUAGGCUAUUUCUAUUUCAUAGAGACCACUUGAUUAGCAUAGUGCAGCAUUUUGCCAUGCAUGCUCACUAGCCUUCCUGUAUUUUCCUAUGGGAAAGCAUUGGAUUGGCUGAGAUCAUCAACAUUGAUAAUCUCAACCAAGGAGGAGAGCCCAUGGGGUAGAAGUUAAGUAAAAUACCUGUAUAACCCCAGGGGUGGCAGUCACCUAAAUAGUGACUUGGACACUAUUUUAGUAUUCAUAACGCUAUAGUGUUCCUUUAAAGAAUAAUUAUGUUAAUGUUAGCCCAGGGAUUCUAAGAAGUAACGGCUAUGCUGCAAACAUCAAAACCUUGUUGACCUUUCAAAUUUACACAUAAAAUGUUUCUUAAAUGCAUAAGAUAAGAAGUAAAAUACAUUUGUAUUUGUUCACCUACAUUAUAUGUGGUAAAUAUAGUUAUCUUUUGUCUAGUGAUGCAAAUUGGCUAUAUGAAUAUGUUGAAAUUGAUGGAAUAUCACAGUUAUUGUAAACAGGUUUCCAGAAUUCUUUUUAUUUCUAAAAGUUAUGAAUGAGGCAAUAUAAAGGCACAAAAAAGUGCAUAUGGUGUCACGAACGCACCCUACUUCAAGAGUGUGCGUGACUUAGUUGUGGUGGUGAAAGAGUUAAAGUUCACUAUUUGUCUGCACUAGACCAGAAAUAAUGACAAAAUCCCACUUAACAGCACCCACACUUUACCAUAAUAAUAUAAAUAUUACUAUUUUAACGCUGCUGCCACCACCGAGACAAUUUAUAAAUGGGGUCCCCCAGGUAGCUUAAUAAUAAAAACCCACCAAAUACAACUUACCACAAUAUGGAUGUAAUUGAAAAACACUAAUUAGUGUCUUCUGGUAACGUGAUUCUUUACCAGACAAAGUCAAAACUUAAACUUCUGCCCAGGCGGUCUCUGGUAAAAAAUAUGGUGACUCACUCAGAAUUAGAUUCUGGCCCCCAAGCAAGUGCAAACACAUUUCAAAAUCAUUAGAUUUAUACCCUGUGGAUUACCAAGCCUGGCCUAGAGGUGGAGAUAAGGCAGACCUAUGGAACAAUAGGUGACCACCUCCUUGUGCUCCAGACCAGCAUCAAUCCACAUGGAAAUAUUUAGUUCUAUCUCCUCUUAUGUACUUGCCACAGAAAUAAGAAUUGAAUCUAUGAAUUUGUUACUAUUUUUCCAUUCCAUAGAUAUCACACUCCUUACUUGUGACCCAAUAUAGCGGACAGCACAAUCCUUUCCCAUAUGGGUAAGUUAUGCAAAUCAUAUUUAGGCUUGAUUAAAAGAUUGUGCUUGUCCCAUUCUAAAUAUAAUAAAAAUGAGGCUUAAUUUAUAUUCUGUGGGUAAGUAAGAAACUAUGUAUGUUUCUUUUGGAUAUGAUACUGGAACACAAGGCUAGUGAUCAUUCACAUAUCAAGGAGAUUAACUAAUCAAUUAAGAGGUAGAGGCCAUAUGGCUGAAGUCAGGUAGUUUACAUUUAGACUAGACAUCCAGGCAUCUCAAGUGUCGAAUCUCACACCCUGCAGAGCCCUCUAUUAAUCAAAGGAUCAAUCCAUGUUGCAAACCAUCUGCCCCCCUUCACAUUCCUAUACCAUUGAAGCUAGUCCAAUGAAGUACAGUCCACGGUGGUAGGGGAAAUUCUUGUAGAGCAGCAGUGAUUCAUCACGGGUGCAGGUUGGUAAUAUCAGUAGGACAUAUGUAAAAGAAGAAAGCAGAGAGAAAAAAAUCCAAUGGUGCAGUAGGUAGAUAUACUUGGAUAUUUAAAAAUAUAGUAAGGUACUACUCACAAUAUCCAGAGCUAAAAUCCAACUCUGGUAUGAAAUGCGUGAAGUGGAAUAAUCCCCACUCAAGGAUAUAUGGAGUGUAGCCCGUAAUCCAGUAGUCCAGCGGUGGUGUAAUCCCAACCGAAAGUAAAAAGGAUAAAAUAUAUAGUGCUCACUGUAUCUACUAUAGUAAAAGAGUAUAAAGUAUGAAAUGUACUCACAGUGUGUUGAGCAGGCUCACUGCUCGAUGUACAGCGUAUUGGUGGUACAGUCCCCACCCAUACGCUGUAUAUCGAGCAGUGAGCCUGUGAAACUACCGAACGACGCAGCGUUCAUAUGGCUAUAGAUGAACGGAUGAAAAGUCUGGAUGUCCAAGCGGUGUUCGUGGGAAAUAGUAGCUGAAACAGUUCCACGCGGUCGACGACAAACACCGCUGGGCGUUCAGCAGUUAAAGAUGGCCGCCGCCACGUGUUCGUUCAUACGAACAACGACCACCCAGCCGUUCGCCAAUUAAACUGCGGUUAACCACAGCAUCUGGGUAGUUAACAAGCCGCACACUCCACAUGCAGGGUGGUCGGCCGUUCAUCAGUCUGUUCAUUUGUUUGAACAACGUUAUCCUGGCUGUUAUAGACGUUUAAUUCACCAAACCAAUCCACGAAUAUGCCAUGGAGAAUGUAAAAGCCAAGCAAUGCAGGCAAAGAUGUAAUCCAGGCACAGAGGGUUCAGUCCCAAGUGCCUUGAGACCCAAUAAAUUAUAAGGGCCAUAAUCACAGGGCAGGAGGCUGGCAAUCAGGCCCCUCCAAAAGCCAGUGGCGAAGGGUAGUUCGUCACAAUCUCCACCUAGGAUUUCUUAGAGUAAGAUGAUAAAAUGCCAGGAAGUAUAAAAUGUCAAAAUAAAAGUUAAUUGUCACAGUAAACGAGUGCAGUGACCAACAGACCUUUAUUAGUUAAAAAACACAAAAGUAACAAUAUCAAAAUGCGUUUCACCAGUUGGCUUUUUCAAAUGGAUUAACCCCUUAUCGACCAGACCACUUUUUAAUUUUCUUACCAUUUGGGACCAGGGCUGUUUUUACAUUUUUGCGGUGUUUGUGUUUAGCUGUAAUUUUCCUCUUACUCAUUUGCUGUACCCACACAUAUUAUAUCCUGCGUUUCUCACCAUUAAAUGGUCUUUCAAAAGAUAUCAUUAUUUUCAUCAUAUCACAUAAUUUACUAUAAAAAAUUAUAAAAUAUGAUGAAAAAAAAUGUAAAAAAAAACACUUUUCCAACUUUGACCUUCAAAAUCUGUUAUGCAUCUACAGCCACCAAAAAACAACCAUGCUAAAUAGUUUCAAAAUUUUGCCCUCAGUUUAGAAAUGUCCAAUCUUAACAUGUUCUUAGCUUUUUUUGGAAAGUUAUAGGGCAAUAAGUACAAGUAGCACUUUCCUAUUUCCAAACCAUUUUUUUUUUUCAAAAUUAACACAAAUUACAUUGUAACACUGUAAUUACAUUGUAAUCACCUGUAUAAUUUUUUUAAAAGAAGACAACCUAAGGUAUUAAGCUUGGGGUGUUUUGACUCUUUUCAUGCAGCCAUUUUCCACCACUCUGGCAAAUUAAAAAAAAAUAAUAAUAAUUGGUGAUUUUUAUGACACACAUAGCAAUUUAAGAACACAUGUAUGGAGAACUUUAAGGGUUACUGCCAAAGAACACCCUAAUAUGUGUUCAGCAACAUCUCCUGAGUACAGUGAAGCCCCCCAUGUAUAGGUGUGUCGGGUUCCUUAUUUGAAGGGUGCACAUUCCAGUUUUCCAACUUGGAAUUUUCGCAGCUGGUCAUCAUGCACCCAUGUCCUAUUUGGGACAUUUUUGAAGCCGUCCAAUGUAAUUUACCCCCAUCCAACCAUGUAUUUUUGAAACGUAGACACUCUAGGGUAUUUCAAAUGGUGGCAUUUUAACACUUUCCAUGCACUAAUUCUUUGUCAAACGUUUGAGUAGUCAUUUUUUUGUGUUAUUUUUAUCUCACAUUGUACUUUAGGAAUGGAUUUUCAGUUCCUGUUGUUCUUGUAUCAUGAUCGCUUCCAGUGCUCAUUUUGGCCACGGAUAUACAGAGUACAACAGCAGUCGUUAAUGACCAUUUUUUGGCUGACGGACCCUGUACGUCCUUGGUCACUAAGGGGGUUAAAGAAUUUGCAUCCUGGCUCAUGGAGUAUAUAUAGGUAAAAAGCACUUUAAAAUUGGCACCAAAAUGGCACAGAUAACUAUCCAGCCAAUCACAGUACAACAAUCCUUAGUAUACAGGUGUCAGGGUACCUGUUGGUGAUGUAUCCAGGGAGGACAUCCUCUCUGCUUAGGGGCUCCCUUCCCCUAGCAUUUCGGCAUAUUUCGGCCGUUUUCGCGCCGGCCGCGCUAGCUCCUCCCCCUUUUAUGACGCGACGGCUAGCGUCGACGUCAUGACGUCGGCAUUUGCAUAAAGUGCCGGGAACCGCUAUUCCGGACCUUUUGGGGGCGUGGUCUCUAUUUAGGUAACAGGGUAUUUAAAGGAAACCUUUACUACUGCUCAUUGCCCUGUCGUGGUUCUAGCUUGCUAGUCACUCAGCGCGUUCUUUAUCUAGUGUUUCCGGUUUUGACCCUUGCUUGUCUUUUGUCCUGUUGUCCUCUCCUCUCCUUUGACUCGGCUUGUAUCUCGCUUACCUGUCCUCCGGCUCCCUUGACCUCGGCUUACCUUUUGACUAUUCUUGCUUUGUCCUUACGUUAGUCCGGCCAUUCUAAGGUCCGGUAUACGUACCUCCUUCUGUGCGCACUCUGCGUAUUGGAUCCCUGUCAGUUUCCUGACAUUACGACAGGGCCAUGAUGGAUCCUGCAGGUGCUAGUCCUCCUGACCCCAGAUUUGAGGCCAUGGACCAUAGAAUGGACCAAAUGGCUUUAGCGUUACAAACUUUGUUGACACGCUCCAGUACCCAGUCUGAAGAAAUACGUUCCACUGCUAGCCACUCGCUAAGUACUGGUUUGGAAGUAGCCACUGUAGGCGCAUCUUCCCAUGUCACGUCACCAUUACGAUAUGGGGGUUCGCCUGAUGCUUGUCGUGGUUUUUUAAACCAGAUAAGUAUACAUUUCGAACUACAACCCCGGGCUUACCCCACUGACAGGGCUAAGGUAGGCUUUAUUAUAACCCUGCUAAUAGAUAAAGCACUUAGAUGGGCCAAUCCCCUUUGGGAGAAUGACAAUCCUUUAGUCUACAACUACACUGCGUUUGUCACGGCUUUUAGAAGAACCUUUGACCCCCCAGGGAGGAAGAUUAAUGCGGCCAGAUCCCUGUUACGCCUUAAACAACAAGAUAGGACCCUUGUAGAAUAUGCUCUAGAGUUUAGAUCAUUGGCAGCAGAAGUGAAAUGGAACGAACAAGCUUUUAUGGAUGUUUUCUUGAAUGGGUUGUCUGAUGAAAUUCUAGAUGAAAUUGCCACAAGAGAACUUCCGGAAAAUUUAGAGGAUUUAGUAUCCUUCAUUUCCAGAAUAGAUGAACGCAUGAGACAGAGGCAGAACACUCGGGAAAGAGUUACUAGACUUCCUGUAAGACUCGCUCCCUCAUUUCAGAACCCUGACUCCUAUAAUCCUACUCCACCAGAACCUAUGCAAAUAGGUAAUACUCGCUUAUCUGAGGCUGAGAGACAGUACAGAAGAAGGGAGGGUCUCUGUUUAUACUGCGGGCUGAGAGGUCACCUACGUCUCAGUUGCCCUAAUCGUCCGGGAAACGCUCGCACCUAAGUUCCCUUAGAGGACGGGCCUUGGGUGUUUCAUUACUGUCCUCUAUGCAUAAUAAAAAAGACCAUAGGCUUCUGAUUCCUGUCUCUCUAGCUUGGGAAAAGGGGUUUAUUACUACGAUGGCAUUAUUAGAUUCUGGAGCAGCAGAAAGCUUUAUAGACCAAACUUUCGCUAAUAUGCAUUGUAUCCCAUUCCAAUUGAGAGAUACACCCUUGGCCGUUGAGGCCAUAGAUGGUAGACCUUUAUCUGAACCAGUAAUAUUCCAUGAGACCGAACCCGUUAAGCUUACUGUUGGUAUUUUCCACGAAGAGUUGAUUUCCCUUCUGUUAAUUUCCUCCCCGGCAGUCCCAGUGGUUCUAGGAUAUUCUUGGCUCAAGAGACACAACCCUCAGAUUGACUGGGAGGGUGGAGAAAUCGUUUCUUGGGGUAUGGGUUGUAGGAAAGAAUGUCUGCAGAGAGUUACUUCUGUUUGCCCCGUGAACUCUUAUGCUAACACUUCUCAAUCCACAGACGUUCAGAUACCAUUACAAUAUCUAGACCUCAAAUCUGUAUUUGACAAGGGUAAGGCGGAUACUUUACCUCCCCACCGGUCUUAUGACUGUUCUAUUAAACUUUUCCCUGGUACUAUGCCUCCCAGGGGUACGGUAUACCCUCUAUCCACCAAGGAAAACUUAGUUUUAGAGGAAUAUAUCAAGGAGAAUUUAGACAAGGGAUUUAUUAGAAAGUCUUCUUCUCCGGCGGGGGCGGGUUUCUUUUUUGUAGAAAAGAAAGACGGUACCUUACGUCCUUGUAUAGACUAUCGGGGAUUGAACAAAAUUACUAUCAGAAAUGCUUACCCUAUUCCUUUGAUUACUGAACUCUUUGACAGACUAAAGGGUCGAGUAUUUUUACUAAACUUGACUUAAGGGGAGCAUAUAACUUAGUGCGAAUUAAACAAGGAGAUGAAUGGAUGACAGCAUUUAAUACCCGUACGGGCAUUAUGAGUAUACCGUAAUGCCGUUUGGGCUUUGUAACGCCCCGGCCGUCUUCCAAGACUUGAUCAAUGAAGUUCUUAGAGAAUUCCAACAUGAAUGUGUAAUUGUAUAUUUGGAUGAUAUACUAAUCCAUUCUAGAGACAUUAAUUCACAUCAUAGACAAGUCAGAAAGGUAUUACAGAAACUUUUACAACAUGGAUUGUAUUGUAAAUUGGAAAAAUGUAGCUUUGACCAGUCUCAGGUAACUUUCUUAGGUUACGUAAUUUCCAAAGACGGGUUUAUGAUGGACCCGACCAAACUAAAAUCGAUUUUAGAUUGGCCUUUACCUAAGGGACUCAAAGCCAUACAAAGAUUUCUUGGAUUUUCUAAUUAUUACAGACGUUUUAUUAAAGGGUACUCCUCUGUUAUCGCUCCUAUCACUAAUAUGACCAAACAAGGAGCCGAUACCAAAACCUGGUCUACUGAGGCUUUAUCUGCUUUCGAAACGCUCAAACAGUCUUUUGCCUCAGCACCUGUAUUAGUUCAUCCUGAUACCUCUCUACCCUUUUUACUUGAAGUUGAUGCGUCUGAAACAGGGAUAGGCGCAGUGUUAUCCCAAAGACAAAGUUUAGAUAAGCCGCUGCACCCUUGCGGUUUUUUUUCCAAGAAACUGUCACACACUGAAAGGAGAUAUGACAUUGGUGAUAGAGAACUUUUAGCUAUCAUUAUGGCAUUAAAGGAAUGGAGACAUUUGUUAGAGGGCACCGUCCUCCCAGUUACUAUCUUGACUGACCACAAAAAUUUAUCGUAUAUGGGGGAGGCCAAAAGAUUAUCUGCCAGGCAGGCACGUUGGUCUAUGUUCCUUACACACUUUAAUUAUGUGCUUACUUACAGGCCUGGUUCUAAGAACACUAAGGCAGACGCUUUGUCACGUCAGCACGAACCUACCACCUCUACAGAGGAUACUUUGUUCCCUAUUAUUCCUGAAGUCAAUAUUAUCCCAACACCAAUGUCAAAAUACACUCUCCAUUGCUCGCUGAUAUUCAGAACGAACAAUCUCUUGCUCCCGAACGUACUCCUGUGGGCCGCUUGUUCGUGUCUCCCAAAUUCCAAGUGGACAUUAUUCGCUGUUUCCACGAUAGCAAGAUCGCUGGUCACCCCGGCAUCCACAAAACUUACUGCCUGAUCUCAAAAGACUUCUGGUGGCCCGGUUUACGUAGGGAUGUGGAAGACUUUGUCAAGGCUUGCAAUGUUUGUGUCAGGAAUAAACUUCCGCGGGAUCUCCCUUGUGGUUUAUUGCAGCCCUUAGUCGUUCCCAACAAACCUUGGGCUUGCUUGGCUAUGGAUUUUAUUGUUGAUCUACCAGCUUCCAAUAGGCAUACAGUUAUACUCACGGUCCUUGACAGGUUUACUAAAAUGGCUCAUUUCGUUCCCUUGCCUAAACUUCCGUCCUCCCCCGAACUGGCCGUGAUAUUUGCUAGAGAAAUUUUCCGUUUACAUGGUAUUCCCAAUGAGAUUGUGUCAGACAGGGGUUCCCAAUUUAUUUCCCGUUUUUGGAGAUCCUUCUGUUCACAGUUGGGCAUCAAACUGAAUUUUUCUUCGGCCUAUCAUCCUCAAUCUAACGGAGCAGCCGAACGCACUAACCAAAAAAUUGAGCAAUAUCUACGUUGUUUUGUUUCUGAACACCAGGAUGACUGGGUCGGUCUGAUUCCUUGGGCGGAGUUUGCUCACAACAACCUUGUUUGUGGUUCCACUCAUAAUAGCCCCUUUUUCUUGAACUAUGGCUUUAACCCUACUGUUCUUCCGUCGGUGUCUCCUUCCCAGGGUAUACCGUCGGUUGAUAUUCAUAUAGCCAACCUGAGAAAGUUGUGGGAUCAGACUCGACAAAUUCUUGAACGUAGUUCCGCGGUGUUUAAGUCACAUGCUGAUAGGCGUAGACGUCCUGCUCCUAUUUUUUCUCCGGGGGAUAGGGUCUGGUUGUGUACCAGACACAUUCGCCUGAAAGUUCCUUCCUUGAAGUUUGCUCCUCGUUACAUUGGUCCUUACAGGGUACUGAGGAGGAUCAACCCGGUUUCUUAUUUGCUGGAUCUACCUCCUACUCUACGCAUCCCUAACUCUUUUCAUGUGUCGUUAUUGAAACCUCUUGUUUGUAACAGAUUUUCCUCCCGCUCUACUCCUCCAUCCUCGGUCCGUGUGGAUGGUCAGGAGGAAUAUAUCAUCAAGUCCAUCCUUGAUUCUCGUAUUUCUAGGGGGAAGCUGCAAUACCUCAUAGACUGGAAAGGUUAUGGUCCAGAAGAGAGGUCUUGGGUUCCUGGUAUAGACGUGCAUGCUCCUCGUCUUCUACGGGCCUUCCACGUUCGUUUUCCUUCUAAGCCAGGUCCCAUCCGCCCGGUGGGCGUUUCUAGAAGGGGGGGUACUGUCAGGGUACCUGUUGGUGAUGUAUCCAGGGAGGACAUCCUCUCUGCUUAGGGGCUCCCUUCCCCUAGCAUUUCGGCAUAUUUCGGCCGUUUUCGCGCCGGCCGCGCUAGCUCCUCCCCCUUUUAUGACGCGACGGCUAGCGUCGACGUCAUGACGUCGGCAUUUGCAUAAAGUGCCGGGAACCGCUAUUCCGGACCUUUUGGGGGCGUGGUCUCUAUUUAGGUAACAGGGUAUUUAAAGGAAACCUUUACUACUGCUCAUUGCCCUGUCGUGGUUCUAGCUUGCUAGUCACUCAGCGCGUUCUUUAUCUUGUGUUUCCGGUUUUGACCCUUGCUUGUCUUUUGUCCUGUUGUCCUCUCCUCUCCUUUGACUCGGCUUGUAUCUCGCUUACCUGUCCUCCGGCUCCCUUGACCUCGGCUUACCUUUUGACUAUUCUUGCUUUGUCCUUACGUUAGUCCGGCCAUUCUAAGGUCCGGUAUACGUACCUCCUUCUGUGCGCACUCUGCGUAUUGGAUCCCUGUCAGUUUCCUGACAACAGGGAGUGCAGAAUUAUUAGGCAAAUUAGUAUUUUGACCACAUCAUCCUCUUUAUGCAUGUUGUCUUACUCCAAGCUGUAUAGGCUCGAAAGCCUACUACCAAUUAAGCAUAUUAGGUGAUGUGCAUCUCUGUAAUGAGAAGGGGUGUGGUCUAAUGACAUCAACACCCUAAAUCAGGUGUGCAUAAUUAUUAGGCAACUUCCUUUCCUUUGGCAAAAUGGGUCAAAAGAAGGACUUGACAGGCUCAGAAAAGUCAAAAAUAGUGAGAUAUCUUGCAGAGGGAUGCAGCACUCUUAAAAUUGCAAAGCUUCUGAAGCGUGAUCAUCGAACAAUCAAGCGUUUCAUUCAAAAUAGUCAACAGGGUCGCAAGAAGCGUGUGGAAAAACCAAGGCGCAAAAUAACUGCCCAUGAACUGAGAAAAGUCAAGCGUGCAGCUGCCACGAUGCCACUUGCCACCAGUUUGGCCAUAUUUCAGAGCUGCAACAUCACUGGAGUGCCCAAAAGCACAAGGUGUGCAAUACUCAGAGACAUGGCCAAGGUAAGAAAGGCUGAAAGACGACCACCACUGAACAAGACACACAAGCUGAAACGUCAAGACUGGGCCAAGAAAUAUCUCAAGACUGAUUUUUCUAAGGUUUUAUGGACUGAUGAAAUGAGAGUGAGUCUUGAUGGGCCAGAUGGAUGGGCCCGUGGCUGGAUUGGUAAAGGGCAGAGAGCUCCAGUCCGACUCAGACGCCAGCAAGGUGGAGGUGGAGUACUGGUUUGGGCUGGUAUCAUCAAAGAUGAGCUUGUGGGGCCUUUUCGGGUUGAGGAUGGAGUCAAGCUCAACUCCCAGUCCUACUGCCAGUUCCUGGAAGACACCUUCUUCAAGCAGUGGUACAGGAAGAAGUCUGCAUCCUUCAAGAAAAACAUGAUUUUCAUGCAGGACAAUGCUCCAUCACACGCGUCCAAGUACUCCACAGCGUGGCUGGCAAGAAAGGGUAUAAAAGAAGAAAAUCUAAUGACAUGGCCUCCUUGUUCACCUGAUCUGAACCCCAUUGAGAACCUGUGGUCCAUCAUCAAAUGUGAGAUUUACAAGGAGGGAAAACAGUACACCUCUCUGAACAGUGUCUGGGAGGCUGUGGUUGCUGCUGCACGCAAUGUUGAUGGUGAACAGAUCAAAACACUGACAGAAUCCAUGGAUGGCAGGCUUUUGAGUGUCCUUGCAAAGAAAGGUGGCUAUAUUGGUCACUGAUUUGUUUUUGUUUUGUUUUUGAAUGUCAGAAAUGUAUAUUUGUGAAUGUUGAGAUGUUAUAUUGGUUUCACUGGUAAUAAUAAAUAAUUGAAAUGGGUAUAUAUUUGUUUUUUGUUAAGUUGCCUAAUAAUUAUGCACAGUAAUAGUCACCUGCACACACAGAUAUCCCCCUAACAUAGCUAAAACUAAAAACAAACUAAAAACUACUUCCAAAAAUAUUCAGCUUUGAUAUUAAUGAGUUUUUUGGGUUCAUUGAGAACAUGGUUGUUGUUCAAUAAUAAAAUUAAUCCUCAAAAAUACAACUUGCCUAAUAAUUCUGCACUCCCUGUAGUACAAAUAUGGAAUAAAAGCUAUUGUAAAUACUGUUAUUAAGGAAUCAGGGGGAGGAGCCUGACUGUGGAGUUGAGCAGACACACUAUCUGGAGCUCCCGAGCCUGAGCCCGAUUAUCAUUUGUUAUCACGGGCAAAUCACUUCAUCUCAAACCCCAACUUACAGCCUCUUGCUUCGCAGUUGCUGGUGAAUUGGGGGAUACCUCGCACGCCCAAAAUGCCCGCUGGAUUGCCUGAGCUGAGGCUUGGGGCCUACAACAUGCAGAGCAGGGGAGAGGCAGCCGCUCUACCAGCCCUUCAACGAUAUAAAUAUCAGAUCAAAUUUUCCAUAGCGACCAUCUUGGUAGGAGAAAAGAGAAUAAUGGCGGCGGCCAUAUUGGGAGGGAAGGGAAGAAAAAUGUAUAAAAAAUAAAUAAAAGGAAAAAGAAACAUAAAGCACAAAAAAUAGGUUAUUCAAAGUAGUGCCAGGAUAAUAUAAUUAUACUCCAAGAAAUCCCAAGUGGGGAUCAUACCAACAACGCUAUAAUCAAAGAGCAAUGAGUCUGCUCUACACGUGUGAGAAUUAUUUUUUACAAAAUUGUAACAAGUUUUAUUAUACAUUUAGAGCACUAUUGUUUGCCUUUCUACCUUUUCCUGGGUUCCCGGACACGCCCAUUGCUGAGGCCGUUUUCCAUCAUACCUUAUAAGUGGGGAUUUCCCCACAUACAGACACAGAGAGAGAGACACCCAGGCACAGACACACAUAUUGAUAGAGACACACACAUACAGACACACUAAUACAAACACAGACAUAUGAACAGAUACACAGACAGACACACAUACACACACUGACACAUACAGAUACACAUAUACUAACACACAAACAGAUACACAGACAUACAGAUACACAGACACACAUGUAUAAGUGUGUGUCUGUGUGUGUUUGUAUAGUGUUUGUAGUGUGUUUGUACAGUGAAUGCAGUGUGUGUUUAUAUAGUGAAUGCAGUGUGUUUGUGUAGUGGAUGCAGUGUGUGUGCUUGUAUAGUGGAUAAUGGUGUGAGGGAGAGGUGAUGGUGAUGGUGUGAGGGAGAGGGUGGUGAUGGUGUGGGGGUUGAUGUGUGAGGGAAAGGGGGUGAUGUGAGAGGAAGGGGGUGAUGUGUGAGGGAGAGGGGUGAUGAUGUGAGGGAGAGGGUGGUGAUGGUGUGGGUGAUGUGUGAGGGGAAAGGGGAUUGAUGUGAGAGGAAGGGGGUGAUGUGUGAGGAGAGGGGGUGAUGGAGGGAGGGGUGAUGUGAGAGGAAGGGGUGAUGUGUGAGGGAGAAGGAGUGAUGUGUGAGGGAGAGAGGGGUGAUGAGGGUGAUGGUGUGAAGAAGGGGGGUGAUGAUGUGAGGGGUUGAUGUGAGAGGGUAAUGGUCUGAGGGGGUUAUGGUGAGAGGAGGGGGUGAUGUGUGAGGGAGGGGAGUGAUGAUGUGAGGGAGUGGGUUGAUGAUGUGAGGGAGGGGGCAAUGAUGAGAUGAGGGGGUGUGAUGUGAGAGGGGGUGAUGGUGUGAGUGGGGGUGAUGGUGAUGGUGUGAGGGGGGUGAUGGUGUGUCGGAGUGGAGGUGAUGUGUGGGGGGGUGAUGUGUGAGGGGAUUGAUGUGAGAGGGAGGGGGUGAUGAGAUGUAGGGGAGGGUGAUGGAAGAGGGGGGUGAUGACUAAAUACCUUGGCUCCCUGGUGGUCCGGUGGCUCCCUGAUGGUCCGGUGGGCAUAAUAUCCGGUCUGCAGCUAUGCAGAGCUGCAGACCAUGUAUCUCGCGAGACACAGUCAGAGCUGAUUGAUCAGAGCUUGCAAGACACAUAGUCUGCAGCUCUUCUCACUGCAGAGCUGCAGACCGGUGUCUGUGAUGGGCGCAGGAGGGGCAUCACACCCGACGGCAUAUCGAGCAAGCCGACGGGCCCCCUUUCCUCGGAUGUUGAGGUUAGGACUAUAUCAAAUAUUCUGUGCUCUUGGGUUUUUACGUCCAAUAUGCAUUAUCUUGCACUUAUCCACAUUAAAUGUCAGCUGCCACAACUCUGAUCAUUUUUCUAGUUUACCCAAAUCAUUUGCCAUUUGGCCUAUCCCUCCUGGAACAUCAACCCUGUAACAUAUCUUAGUAUCAUCAGCAAAAAGGCAUUCCUUACCAUCAAGACAUUUUGCAAUAUCACUAAUAAAUAUAUUAAAGAGAAUGGGUCCAAGUACAAAUCCCUCAGGUACCCCAUGUUUCGAAUAUACUCAAUUGACUACAACCCUCUGUUACCUGUCACUCAGCCACUGACUAACCUAUUCAUCAUACCGUAUAUACUCGAGUAUAAGCCGAGUUUUUCGGCACAUUUUUGUGCUGAAAAACCCCCACUCGGCUUACACUCGAGUCAAUGUCUGUAUUAUGGCAACAUACAUUGCCAUAAUACAGACCAGGACCGCCGGGCUCAUUACAAGCCCGGCAGUCCUGUUGGGGGCUGGCAGAGAGCUGUAACUUACCUUUCCUGCAGCUCCUGUCAGCUCCCUUCUCAGCUCCGUUCUGCUUACAGUAUAAGUCUCGCGACACCCACAGCCGUCAGAGCUUUGCCAAGUGUUUCCGUGGCAACGUUCUGCGCGACACGCAGACUGCGAGACUUACACUGUAAGCAGAACUGAGCUGACAGGGGAGCUGCACGAAGGAGAAGGGAGCUGACAGGAGCUGCAGGAAAGGUAAGUUACAGUUCUCUGCCAGCCCCCCACUGCACAGCCCAUCCACUGGACCAACAGGGAUUAACAUAGCCCCCCUCCCUGGCCAGGCAACAAGCAGGGAGGGGGGACAAAAAAAAAAAAAAAAUACAAAUAUUAAAAUAAAAUAAUAAUAAUAUUCAAAUAAUAAUAAUAUUAUUCAAAUAACAAUAAUAUUCAAAUAUAAUAAUAAUAUUAAAAUAAAAUAAAAUAAUAAUAUAAAAAUAUAAUAAUAAUAAUAAAAUAAUAAUAAUAUUAAAAUUAAAAAAUUAAAAUAAUAAAAAUGCCCUCCCCUCACCCAGUUUACACUCACUACACAAACACACACACACUGCAUUCACACACACACUGCAUUCACACAAACACACACUACAUUAUAGACACACGCUGCACUCACACAAACACACACUGCCUUACAUACACACACACUGCAUUCACACAAACACACACUGCAUUACAUACACACACACUGCAUUCAUUAUAUAUACACACUACACACAAACACACACACUGCAUUCAUUAUAUACACACACUGUAAAUAAAUAUUCAAUUAAUGUAAUUUUAUUGGGAUCUAAUUUUAUUUAGAAAUUUACCAGUAGCUGCUGCAUUUCCCACCCUAGGCUUAUACUCAAGUCAAUAAGUUUUCCCAGUUUUUUGUGGUAAAAUUAGUGGCCUUGGCUUAUAUUCGGGUCAACUUAUACUCGAGUAUAUACGGUAAUUGGAAUCCAAACUUAAAGAUUGCAGUUUAUUGAUCAGUUUUGUAUAUAUAAUGGCCUGGAGCUCAUUGAGGAAACUGGUCUUGGGGCAGCAAAGAGGGCUCAGAAGAAUUCCCCAUAUCCACAUACCCUACAAAUGCUAGGUAUAAUAUAGCACUGUCAGCACAAAGUUCUGCAUUAGGAAGUACUUGUGAUGUAAGGGAACUGGCAGUACGUAAUCAUGGUAGAUAUUAACUUUAGAUAUAUUAUUAGAUCAAGUUAUAGUAAAGCAGUUUGAACAGCGUGCUAAUUAGGCACUAAUUACUAUGGAAAACAACAUAAUAUCCUGUGGUUGAUAGCACUCCUAUAGUAGUGUUACAUAAAGCCCCAAAUGUUUUAUAUGCAAGGUGGGUCCAUAUGUCUAAAUAAUUUACACACACCCUAGAAUACUGCGGAUUCACCCUUUCCUUGUUGGACGCACAAUUUCUAUCUGUUAAAUCUCUGCAUCUCAAUUUAUAUUUACAGCAGAUAUGGGUGGUUAGGUGAGAAGACUUUUUAGAAAAAAAUAUUUUUAUUAGAAUAAUAAAAGGUGAUUGGGUUAUAUAAUCUACAUAAUUUCUUCAUGAUGGACAAGACAGUAGGUAUUUUAAGAAUAGACAUUUUCUUUAACACAAUGACACAUACAGUAGCUUUUUUUUAUUCCACAGAUAGGUAAGUGGCAAAUUAUUUAUACAUAAACCUGUUUAUAUAGAAUAGAACCUUUAACUUCUUCUUGCCAAAUACAGGAUUUAGUCAUUCUAACUAAUGAUUCUUGUGUCUACAGAUAUCUCCCAUGAAAGCAAAUGUAACCUAAUUUGAAAAUGUUUGUUUUCAAAUAUAGGAUUACAUUUCAAGGAAAUGAAAAGGUCUUGCUGACAUAAUGUUAUCGAAGUAUAGACAGGAAUCUCUGGAGAGCACUCCUACUCAAGAAUGUUUAUUUUAUUGAUGUCUGAUUUGGUGUAAAAAUAUGCCGGUAUUUUUUUGUAAUAGAUUCAUGGAAUAGUUUUAGGAUAGUGUAUGUAAGUGAAAAAAAUAGUGCUUAAAUCGUGCUCCUGACAGCAAGCCUUCCUACUUAUUAUAUUUAAUAUUAUUUAAUUAUGAAAAUAAAGCUCAUAAUUGUUUUUUUUUAAUUAAUAAAAUGAAGUUUGACCCAUGCCCUAAAAUCUGGAUCAUGUUAAAAAAAAAUUUUUAUUUGAAUUAAGAUGGAAUAUAAUUGUAAAUAAGAAUAUUACAUGCUUUAAGAUAUGCUUAAUUUGAAAAAAUAAAUAAAUAAAAAUAAAUAUGUGAAUAUACAUUUUUUACAGCAGUUCAACUGGCUUCUGAAAGAUAUAUUAUUAUUUUUUUUUUUUUACUGAACUUUGAGUAUGUGUGUCACUGUUGCAUUCAUGUCAAGACAAGAGACUUACUCAACUGUCCUCACAUCUCAGAUAGAGGUUAAAGUUGGUUUGUAAAAGCUUUGGAUCAAUGUCUAGUGCAAAAAUGUCUUCAGUGGCAAGUAACAGACGUGUGCAGGUUUGGUUCUUCUGAACCACUUUAACACUUCAACAGAAUAAUUUUUUUUUGGAGAGGGGAGGGAAGGGGUUCAGCAGAAUUUAGUUAAUUCUGCUCUUUUGGCUUGCCUGAAUUUAAAUUUGUGGAAGUCAUUUGGGCAGCCAGAACAGCAGAAUAGUGCUUAUGACUGUAUUGGUAUGCAAAAAUGUCUUCCAUUUUCUUCCAUCAAUUUCAACUUGGCAAUAAUGACAUUGAUGAUGGUAGUUUUUAUUUUUUAUUUUUAUUACAGUAAAUGAAGUAUAUGAAUGAGUGUGUAUUGUGUAAAGUAACCACUUUAUUCAACAAAAAGAGGUAUUUGUUUUGCAAAGUGGGUUGGUACUUGGUGGAUUUAUAACUGUGAUAUUAUUAUGCUUGAUCUUACACACUGCAGAGUGCAUGCGCAUCACACACUGAACUAAACAUACUCUGCCACUCAAAGUUGCUCCAGGUUCUCCUGGAAGUAACUAAUAGCUAUAUAAAGCUGCAAGCCACAUAUAGUCUCACACUAGAAUCAAUGAUCCAGGCUACGCAAGAGGAAAAUCUUUUAUUUUCUUAGUUACUGAGUGAACACCAUACUCCCCAUAAAGAAGGAUUUUCUUUCUCCAAACACACUUCCUAAAAUAAGGAUUUUCUUUCUAAAAACAGUUAACCAAAAAAAGAUAAAACUUUUAACAACUGUACAACUGUAUAUUGGUAACCUAGUCUACCACUAGGAACAAUAACAAUAUGUAACUCCUAUCUCCCACUCAAAGUUAUUGCAAGUACUCGUGGCAGUAGCUAAUAGCAAGAUGGAGCAGAAAGUUAACCUUUGUGUCACAUUUGAAUCUCCCACAGCACACAGCAAUGCUAAAACUCACUGUAUCACUGCUGGUCUGUCUCCCUCAGUAACUGCAGUCAAAGUGUUUGGAAGAAUCCUGCUUGGAAGUACAUAUUGUUUCACAGAUCCUCCUUUUGUCCCUCUAUUGGUCCGUUGCCAGAUGAUCUAUUAAUAAAAUCAACAUUUACCAACUGUCCCUUAACCAUCAAUCAUCAAUCUUUUUUUUUUUUUUUUAACUACACCUUCAAUAGACAGGAGAUCCACACUCAACGCAAGAUCAAUAUAUAUAUAUUUUUUUCCUUUAAGCUUGGUGGUUUAUUUUAGAUAACAGAUAUUUCAGAUAUUCGGAUAUUGAGGAGGUGGACAAUAGUAUUUUCAACUUCCUUAUAUAUUCUAGUAAUAAAUAUAUUAAUGGAUGUUGCAAAUAUUGUAAAUAUAUAUAUAAUAUUAGGUCCCCUAUUUAUUAGAGCCCCUUAAUACCACCUAUGAUUAUUAUACUGAUAGAUCAAACCUGCAGGGUGGAGACAUGGCAGAAAACUAAGUACCUCCUGUUUAUUUAUUUUUUUAAAUUAAAAUACCACAUCAUGGGACCAGUGUCGGGGGGGUGGGGGGGGGAGGGGGGAUGGACUAGGAUAUCCCCCUUUUUUGUUUAAAGGAGCCCUGCAGUAUUGGGUUUCCCAUGUAUCUUCUUAAUGAGUGGGCAGUAAUAGCUGCCCAGUCACUAGUCUUAUAUUACGGAGAGAUACCACUGGCAACUUGCUGUUUUGCAGACAUGCCCCUACUUGUGGCAUGGCAAGUGGUGGCAUGGGGAAGGUUUCAAACCUCUGUUAUACUAAUGUGGGGUCUUUUUACCCCUAUAGACUUUUAUUUAUUUUCUCUUUUUAAUGAGCUAGUCAUUAAAAAAUGCUGAAAAAUAUACUUACGAGGCACAUUUAUUGUAGGAUUAAUCUCAAGCACUUGACCCGUUUGGCUGCUAGAAUUCCGUCAAAAUUAUUGGAUGAAAACAGUCAAUAAUUUUUGACUAGGUUUUGCCUAUCAUAUUAAAUCAAGGCCUAUGCUAGAUUAGAUAACUUUAUUUUAGAGUGAGAAAUGUUUUAACCUAUAAAUUACAUUACACAACUCAAAUAUGUUUAAUCUAAUUCCAUUAUAAUGUCUAAUUUAUUGCUAUCUUUAGAUGACAAGAAUAAUUUUAAAGCAAAUGGAAGAAAGGUAAUUUUCUCAAUGUUUUCUGACUCUAUUGCACACUAAAUAUUUUAUUAGUUAUUUAAAAAACUGAAGGGUUUAUCCACUAUACACUGAAUAUAAUAAAUUGAAAACCAAACAACAAAAUUCAGGAUAAAAAACCUGAACUUUGAUUAUAACCAAGUUGGAGGUUUCUUCCGUCUAUUAUAGUCCAACGUUGCAUUUUCAAGUUAUCACAAAUCAGUGCUUAGCAAAUUAACCCAUCAAAGUUUUUGUUUAAAAAGUGUACUACAUUUAGCCAGGUGACUGGCUAAUCUCCCAAAGGGACUUUCCAUUCAUAUAUUUUAAUUUAAUUUAGUUCAGUGUAAAAUCAUCUGCCUAGUUUUCACCGAUGUAUCCUUACUUCGCAGUUUCAAGCUUAGACUCCAGCAAGAUGACCCCUGCCUCAUGUUCCUAACACGAAAAGCACCAGCUCAAGGCCAUACCCUAGAUAUAGUUCCAGCCUAUACAUACUCAUAAAAACCUCAGCUCAUGUAGUAAUUUUUCCGGACAUUGUGAUUUAAUGUCUGCUCAUAUAUUUUAUGCAUUUAACCUUAUGUCUACUUUUGUAUUAUUUGCAUUUGCCCUCUCACACUUGUUAGCUGAGCAUAAAUGUUUUAUUGAAAGAGACAGUACUGUCUGAACAUAAGCUGGACCGAUAUAAGUGACAAAAAAUGAAGGUAAAAGUAAGUAUAAACAUAAUGGGACAUUUGUAUUGAAGGGACACUAUAGGCACCCAGACCACUUCCACUCAUUGAAGUGGUCUGGGUGCACUGUCCCAGUCCCCUUAAUCCUGCAAUUUUAAUUAUUGUAGUUAUUGCUAAACUGCAAUAAUUACCUUGCAGGGUUAACUCCACAUCUAGUUGCUGUCUACUGGGUGGAACACAACUUAGUUUCUCUUUAAAUUUGUAUUGUUUAGUUUCAUUUUAUAUCAAUCUGUGCCUUAUUGAAAACUAUAGUUUGCCACCAAUAUAUUUUCAUAUGUUUAUAUUUAAUCAAUGACCUUAACCUACAAUAAUUCUUGCUGCUACCUGAACGGUCUCAAUACAAAAAAAGCCCAUCAUGUUUUCCCUUGUGUUUAGACAUACAUUUACUUUAACUAUUAUAUGGUUUUAUCUACUUCGAUAUAUCUUUCUUUCUUUCUCACUCUCUCGCCCCACCCUUUCAAGCUGAAGAUUUACAAAGAGCUCCAGAAGGUUGAGUUGUUGUGACAUUUAGAUAUUCAAAAUGUCUAAACAGGUUCCAAAAACACCUGGUGCAAAAUUGAUAACCCCCUGCAAUAAUACAGAGAUAUCGUGGCAUAUGCUCUCCUCUUUAUAUUACCUCCCUUCCUUGAAACCCAUGAACAGAAUGCUGCUUAUGCUCUCCAGAAUAGCAUAGUGGAAAUAUGCAGAGCCAAAUAUUCAAUGUGAUCUGGCCAUGCUACCUAACUAAUAGAAGUGUGUGCAGCAAAGUUCUGUUCCGCAUCACCUUCUCCCCCUUUGUGGUUUUGCAAAGCACUAAUAUCCUUUUACAUGUAGAGAUCCAGGAAUGAAGGGUUUAAUUCCCCAAAGCCCCCUCUAGCAACGCCUAUAUUUUACAUGUUUUGGAAUCAACAUUUCUACAAAUUGAUCAUAUGUAAACAGAACCAAUGAGGAAACAUUUAGCCACAGACAUUCUGUUUCUGCACAGGACAAAGUUAUGACCUUGCCAAAUCUAUAAUAUGGGUACAGGGGACUAAAUAUGUGGCACUCUGUGAGUUGUCAUUACGAUAAGGGGUGACAGGGGGUGGGUUCCAGGAAUACUAUAAAAAUUAAUGCUAGCUAGAGCAGUGGUUUUUAACUUUUUUUUUUUACAUGAACUUUCAUUUGUGCUUGUCCACUCUUUCUUCAAUUUAAAUUGAUUCAGUGGCCAAUACUUCAAUUGUUAGAUAUUAUAUAACACAAUUAAUUUGCAAGAUCCCAUUGUUCAGGGUACUUAUUAGCAUUUGGUAAGACAGUACUGCCAAGGUAAGCAUCUUCUUAUGAGAAGCUGUCGAGGGAACUAAGCAAUAUCAUUGGCGACCCACUGAAAUUGCACAGGGAUACAAUAUUGCGUCCUUAUCCAGGGGUUACAUACCGGUGAUCUAGAGAAACAUCUUUUUCCUUUUUCAUGUUAUUUGAGGAUAAAUUUGAGGAAGCAUCAGAAAGCAUAGUUAAGUCAUAGGGAUAAUGGAAAAUGCUAUAAUACACAUUACAAUCUCUAAUGCAUCAUGUCCAGUUUAUAUCAUGUAAUUUCUUUUCCAUAUACUUAUAUUUAGUGUCAUGUGUAGGAUAAAAUCACCAGUGUAAGCUGAUUUCAUAAUCAAUAUCAACAUAUUUUAUGUUCUAGAGAUACACAUGUCUGUCUUCUAUUCUCAACAUUCCUGAAAUAGUAGACGUUUAAAGGAGGAUAAUAAAAAAAAAAUUUUACCAAAGAAAAUUCAUUUUAAUUAAUUUAUGGGAUAAUUAUAUCAUGUUAAAAUAUCUCUAAAAUGUUUCAUUUCCAUUUUAGGAAGAGAGGUCUUAUUUUGAAUAUAUCUUCUGCAUUUGGAUAUUUCCCUUGUCCACUCUAUUCUCUCUAUAGUGCUUCUAAAGUAAGUUUUGAUUAAUGAUUAUCCUUGUUUAGUUUCCAAUGUUUUGACCUAUAUUAAAUGAGUUAAUUGAGCUAUUGAUUGUUGUGGUUUAUCAAGUUAUUUUUGGUGUUGAACUACAAAGGCUCUAAUGGUUCCAAUAAUGUGUCAAUAGUUCUUUUUCUGAAGGACUACGAUUGCUUGACUUUGUGAGGUCAACCAAACUUAUAAUGGUAAACGGGCUGUUGACAAGUAUCGGAACAGUGACAUUGUAAUUGCAAUGAUAUUGUUAAUAGUUCAUGUUAACAAUAACUUCCAAAUUACAAAUUAUAGUUUAUCCAAUAAACCAUGUGCAUCAAUUAUAUUGCUGCAUUUUGAUAUCAUCUUUUUAUUACAGGCUUUUGUUACAACAUUUUCUAAAGCCCUUCAAGCUGAAUAUAAAUCAAAGGGGAUUAUUAUUCAGGUAAAUUAGUCUCAUAUAUGAAUAGAUGCUCUAUUUAUGGAUAAAUGUUAUAAAAACAUUACAUCAUGUGGAAAGGAAAAGAGAACUUAAAAAUAAGAAAACAUUUAAUUAAAGGAAUGCCCCUAAUGUAUGCAUAUUUCAUUGGGACAUAUCUAAAACAGAUUGCAAAAGCUGCAGAUGUCUUUUUUGCAGUCUUUGCAAGCCCUCCCCUUCUAACCAAGUACAGAUUUUCAGACUUUCUAUCUGUGCCAGGGAAUACACCAGUCACAAGCGUGGAUUUCCUUUGCUUCUUUGUGAAGUUAAUGCAAGCGGAAGAAAAUCUCCCUGGCUUUACAGUUGAUAGCCAAGAAUUUGUUUCUGCCCAAUUAUAAAAAUGCAGAUUUCUUGAAAUUGGCACUUUUAUUAACUCUCUCUAAUGUGACAGGCUCCAGACAAAUAAAGCACUUAACAAGUGUUAAAAAAAAAGUUUGAAUUAAAAAAAUAGUAAGCAAAACAUAACUAAUAAUGUGCAAAUGUCUAUUGUUAAAAUAUAUUUUUUGCUUCAAUAUGCCUAGAUAGCAAUAGAUACAACACAUAUGCCUAAAUAGCAUACCUAGAUAUAACACAUAUGUACACUUUGAUACAUGCACAUACACACAAACACACUGAUGUAUAAAGACACACAAUAACACACAGACACACGAAAUAACAGUGUGUGUCUGGCAGUGUGUAUUGGUAACAGUGUGUGCAUAUCUGGCAAUGUGUAGCAUGUAUGUGCCUGAGAGUGUGUGUAAGGCAGUGAGUAUCAUUGUGAGUAUCUGUAAAUGUAUAUCUGUGUGUAUGUGUAUCCAUGACUGUGCCUGCAAUGCAUGUCUUUAUCUGUGUAUCUCUGUGUCUGUAAGCAUAUGUCUGAAGGGAGCUGCUUGCAUUAAGUUGUAUGCAUGAGGGAUGGCUACUUGUGGUCUUGUUGCGUGCAUUGCGUUUACAAUGGGGUUGUAAGGGUGCCUAUGUGUUUACAAGGGUGACUGUGGCAGGGUGGUUGUGACGGAGUGAGUAUGAAAGGAUGAUUGCAACAGAGUGAUGGUGACUUUGGCAAUGUGACUGUGUGUUAGGGGUAAGUUUGGCAGGUGACUGUGUGUGUGGGGGGGGAGGAGUGACAAGGGGAUUGUGUGUGUGUGUGUGUGUGUGUGUGUGUGUGAGGGAGGACAUGAUAUGACAUGGUGACUGUGCUUGUGUGUGGUAGGGGAAGACCAAUAGUGUGACUGAGUGUGUGUGGCUAAGGGGUGGUGAUAUGACAGGUAAUGUGUGUGUGGGGAGUGGUGUGACAAGGUGAAUGCGUGUAUGUGAUGGGACAGGCUGUUGAGUGUGUUUGGGUGUAGAUUGUGUGUGAGGAAGCUACAUUUCCCUGUUCAGCCUUCCCUGCUCUUCUUUCUAUUUAUUUUUAGUUGAGUCCUCAACCUGUUUACCUUAUGGCAGUGAGUGGGGGCUCUGAUCCUUAUUCCUUGUUGGUCAGGUGGAUCCAAUCUCCCUGGUGAUCCAGCGGACUACCAGCUGAAUCUGCUGAUAGCAGACAGCUCAAAAAUGCCCCUUUUGGUCUCUGACUGGGUGAGAGCAUUUGAUGAGCACUACUCUCAGCCCAAGGGCUGCCUGGCCAGUGAGUAACGCAGUGUUGUGCUGUGCAGGGUAGCUGAGUAGAGCCAGUGCUUGAAAGGCAGCACCGGCUAUGCUAUCAGCACAAUCAUUGCAAACAAAAUAUUUUUAUACACAAGUAUACAUGUGUGGCAAUGUGAAGUGGUCAAUUAAUUAAUUGUGAUGCAUUUCUGCCAUAAUAUUCCCCAGCUAUAGUCAACUUAGCACAACAUUUCCUCAAACAAAGAAUCUCAAUAGCUUAAAAGUUUUCUGUGAAAAAACACGAUAAUGAUAAUUGCAUACCAGUCAAGAUUUAUAUAACUCACUAGAUAGGGACAUUGGUGAAGUAUGUAACUGAUUUAAAUUAAUUUCUCUCAUCCUCUAUACUUAAAGGGACUCUCCAGUGCCAGGAAAACAAAUUUGUUUUCCUGGCACUGCAGGAUCCGCAGUGCCCCCCUCCCUUUCACCCCCCAUCCCAUGUUGCUGAAGGGGUUAACCCCUUAAGGACCAAACUUCUGGAAUAAAAGGGAAUCAUGACAUGUCACACAUGUCAUGUGUCCUUAAGGGGUUAAACUCCUUCAGUGACUUACCUGAAUCCAGCCCCGAUGUCCCUUGGUUUUGGGUCAGGCUCCGUCAGCUGGCGAGGGAGACCUAAUGCGCAAUGCUCAGCAAUGGCAGUGCGCACGCACUAGACCUCCCCAUAGGAAAGCAUUAUUCAGUGCUUUCCUAUGGGGAUUCCGGCGAUGCUGGACGUCCUCAUGCAUAGCAUAGCAUGAGGACGUCCAGCAUCGUUUAAAACACUUUUUGUGUUCUAAGAAGCUGAUAGACAGCCACUAGAGGAGGACUUAACCCUGCAAGGUAAUUAUUGCAGUUUAUAAAAACUGCAAUAUUUACACUUGCAGGGUUAAGGGUGAUGGGAGUUGGCACCCACACCACUCCAAUGGGCAGAAGUGGUCUGGGUGCCUGGAGUGUCCCUUUAAGUGAAAAUGGGGAGUUGAUGCAAACAAAUUGAGAUCACCCUUAUUGUAGGAAGGUAUAAAAAAAUGAAUGGUUUUUCAUAUAUCCUCUACCCUCUGGUUAGAUUGCUGGUGGUCUAUUAUAUACUGAGGGGUGGUACAAUUCUCAUCCUAUUGGCAUUUUCCUCUCUCUAAUAUAAAUGAAAAAAAUUACAUCUUAUCUAAAAUAAAUAACUGGCUUUUUUUCAUUCAACAUAUAUGCAGAAAAUCUGAAUCAUUGUUUUAUAUAUUUCUAUUUUAAAUGUAUACCACCCAAUUAUACAAGAUUAAUUAAUACAUUAAUGUCAGAGUGAAUAUCAGAAUAUGAUUACCAUACUCCUGAAAAAUACAGGUGAAUUACCCAUAUCACUAUAUGACUAUUUAAUCUACAAUAUGUGCCUCUAUUAAUAAUAAUAUUAAAUGAUAUAAUAUUAUUUGAAAACCUUUUCAAAUGAUUUACCGACAAAAAAACAAAAACUCGUAGACUUUAAUGGUGACUUCUGUAGUUCAAUCAUUUGUAAAGUUUUUCUAACCGUAUUGAAUCAUUUAUAAAAGCUUAUUAAACAGAGGCCAUGGUGAGCAAUCUCACUCUACUGACUUUUGAUGUUUUUGCUUUCCUUGUACAGGCUGUGACACCAUAUGGCGUCUCUACUGCAAUGACAAAAAGAAUAGACACAAAUAUCAUUACCAAAUCUGCAGAAGAUUUUGUAACCCAGUCACUGAGCUACAUAAAACUUGGAAACGAGACAUUUGGCUGUCUAGCACAUGAAGUUUUGGUAUAUUUCUGUUAUAGUUGUACAAAUAUUUGUUGAAAAUGUAUAUUGCAGGCAUAUUUUGUAUGAAGGAUAAACAUGAUUGGCUGCUGAAAGAACCAUGGCCAAGCUUUUAUUUUUCAUUUUUGAAAAAUAUAUCAAAUUUAAUCAAAUUACAUAUUUUUCCUUUUAGAGAAUACUUAAAACAUAAAACAAUAACAUUAUGACAAACUGUUACAUAUGAAUACAUACAUCAUUCAAACUUCAUCAAUAUAGAUGUAUAUGGGCUUUGUAAGGAUAUAUUUUAUUUCCUUCUCUUCCUUCAUUUAUCCUGGGCUAAUACUAAGUCAUGCAUCGCCAUCUUAUUUUUUCUUUCUAAAAUCAAUUUCCCGUGUUUCCUCAGAGCAUACUAUCUAAUUCUACGUAAAAACAUUUUACGUGGGUUUUUUUGGGGGGUGCACGAGGGUAUGGGAUUUUACUAUUUAGUUUAAACUGAAUUAGGAUUAGGUAGUGACACCCAUGAGUUUGGGGAGUUUAUGGCAUUAGCUUCAAAAAUGCAAUAGUGAGAUGAUUAUGCAGGGACAGGACUUUCAGAGUUAAUAAAGAAAUUGAGCCUACACCCUAUCACUUCUAUUCUGGUUUUGUCCAUAAGUAUGGAUUUAGAAUCCCGAGGUAAUAGGAGGCUUUUUUUUCUCUUCCAUUCUAUAUUUCCUGUGAAUCUUAGGUCGUAUAGGGAUUAAAGAAAUCUGUGGGCUUGUGGAUGUCUUUUCCCUUUUUUCUCUAUUCCUAGUUUCAUAGGGAAAUCAAAUUAUGCUAGUACCCUUCCUUUUCCUUCGCUCAAUUGAUUGCUCUCAUAUAUCACUGCCAGUGCUUUAUUUUGCAAGUUAUCUGGGAUAUAUAGCAUCUUUUAGCAGAUACGUAGUUUAAUUUUUAGUUACAAGUACUCAGCCUCUACAGCGCUUAGUACUCUAAUUUUGAAAUUAUUAUAUUUACUACAAUAUUUUAGUGAACAUAAUUCCUUCUUCGGGAGACAUUUAGUUAAUUUACCUUUUUUCCCACAUAUGUCUAGUAUCAAAUAAAGGAAUUGUCCAAUAAUUACAUAGGCUAUGUGUUAAUGUUGUUUUAAAUAUUUCCAUACUUGUAAUGUGACACAUUUUGGUUCAAACACUUAUCUAUUUAUUUUUUAGUCUCUAUACGUAGAUCUUUGGUCUAUUAUAAACAGAUACGUAAUCUUUAGGGAUGUUUCUACAUUCAAGUUCCUUUCUCGGUGUAGUUGGGGACCAUUUUUUGGGGUAUAUUGUGUAUAUAUAACAGUAUAAAAAACAAAAAACAAUGGAUAAUAAGAUAGAUAAUAUAUCCAGUCCACAGUAGUUUUUGCAAAAAUAAUGCAGCAGAAAAUGCAUAGUAAAUCCACUUUGCAUAAAUGCAUUUGAUACAUAAUACAUAAAACUAGUAAUUACUCCAGAUACAGAAUAUAUUGCCAUUAAAUGCUAUUAAUUGUAUGUUUUUUAAAGGUGAGAAGUGGGUCAGGUGGCAGAAAUUUGUUAUGUAAAGUAUGCUGUCAAUGCAGACCAAAUGGUUCUGUUUUUCUCUUGUAAUUUUGUAUCUAAAGAUAAAGACUGGAGAGGCUGGGGGGGGAAAGGAAUGUCUGUUGCAUGGAGAAAACAAAGAUCAGGAAGAUAAAACAAAUAAAGAAAAAGCAAACAUAUUGAACUCCAUCUGCAAAGAUUAUCAAAAUGCAUAACAUUGACUAUCUGAAAAAAUGGAUAUAAGCCUCAAUUUAGUAUUUAAAAAAAAACACGUAUCUGUGAUGAAUACGCACCGCUUCUACCACACAGGUGCAAAUACUUCCCCAAAUUUACACACACUUGAUAUGCAAAAAAAGUAACUGAGUGUUACUAAUAGGAGUAUAAUUUAAGUAAAAAUAAAAGACAAACCCUUAGAGUGUUUAGGAAGGAUCAGCCUGUCUUCCAUAUUUUCUUAAAGCAGAGCAUUAGUUAUUUUUGAUUUAGGUGAUUAUAACAAUGAAACUCUUAGAUUAUUGGGGGACACUAACUUGUAUAAGAAAUGAUCAAUGACCCCACUAAUGAAGUGAAAUUAAGUUACUAUAAACUUUUGGAUAGAGGCAAAUUGUUGGGAAUAUUAAAUAUUAGAAUGUCCAGUACCCAAAAAUUUAUUUUAAAUAAGGGGCUGUGAAGUCCAGACACACUUGCCAGUAUUCCUUGGGUCCGAUUAUAAUAGGCUCUAUUUAAGGUGAGCAGCUCUAUUAUUUUCUUCAUCCAUUUUUUAACUUCAGCACUGUAUUCCACAUUAUUGUUCUUCUUUUGAGUUUCCUCUUGUUAGACGAUUUAAGAGGUUUGGUGUCACCUUAGUACACAUAUAUUCAUGUGAUUUGAGCCUAUUCAUUUGAUGCUCUGCCCUAUGUGAGUACAUAUUUUCAUAUGUUAAAAUUAUAUUACACUAUAUGUUUUUGGGUGGGGAGGUUUGUACCAUUUAUUACAGCUCUCCACAGAUUUAGCUGGUGUGGGCUAUUAUCACCUUGCCACUCAGUUAUUAUUUUCAAUGUAAUACUGUUGGAUAAGCUUUUCAAAGGAGUUAGUAUUUUUGGAUAAACUUGUACAAUGAUUCAAUGUCAUAUACACAUUUUACAAUAUUUUGAUAUUUUUGAUACAUUUGUAUAUCUUGCUGUAUUUGAUUUAGAUAUUUUGGGAAAAAAAAGUUUUGUAAAAGUUUGUCCAAAACUACUAUAUCAUUUGAAAAGCGUAUCCAACAAUUUUAAAUUGAGGCUAUAAUUACAUAAUAUGACCAUACAAUGCUUUAGACUGGGUUAAUGUCUGCUCUAUGUAAUCUAAGUAACAAAUAAGUUUCUAACCACACUAUAGAACCUAAAAUAGCUUGAAUGCUUACUUGUCUCCAUUCAUAGUUAGAAUGUAGACCGUAUUGGGUUGAGAUAUGGGUACAACUUUACAGAUAACAUACAGGACAUAUUUGAGACAACGCUAAAGACAAGUGCUUAAUGUGCUCUAACAAGUAUAUAGAGCUCCUAAAUAUCUCUAUGAGAAAGGGAGGGAUAAAUGGAGAAAGAAAAUAAGAAAAUAAAUUAUUAUGCCUAUUACAUGUUGAUAAUAUUUCAAUUUUUUUCUCUUUUAGGGACGUAUCUUUAAUUGUAUUCCACUGUGGGUGAUCCAUAGCACUGCCGUUCAAGAAUUCACCUUGAAUUUCUUAACUAAAAAAUUUAAAAAGGAACCAAAAAACAUGUGAAGCUAUUUUUGUACAGAUGAACAAAUAGAAUAAUGUGAAAAAAAAGAAGAAAACAGAGUCAGAGAAUGCACACAUUGUUUAGUGAAUUAUUUAUUCUAUGCACACAAAAAAACAUAGCUGUUGACUGUUAAGGGAACGGUUUAUUGCCGAAAAAUAAAUAGUAGGAAUAUUAAACACAAGUAUGAUAGGACCAAACUCUUUCUUAAUUAGCUGUCUAAUGUGAAUUAAUCAGUUGUCAGUUAUCUAGUUUUACCCAUCUUUGUUUAGGCCGGGAAAUCUUGAAUAUAAAGCCCGUGUUUGAUCUGUAAGGGCUGAAUGUCAACACAAAUUUUUAUACAUAAUUACCUUUGUAAAAGGUCUACUAAUAAGUUGAACAAUGGUUAAUUAUUCAAAUUAUUUCACUUAACUCAACAUGAUUAAUGCGGGUAAAUUAAGAUUUAGCCAUCUCUUGGCUUUUAGCUAUACAAUGUUGUUCACUUUUACUGACAAACCGCUAAUUGUUAAAAUGGGUGUUGCUAACAUUAGUGACUAAUAGCUGUUUUAAUUCUACAUCAUACCAGUUGUGAUUGGUAAAUACCGGGUGGGUUUAACCAGUUUCUAUACUGACUUUUUUCCACAUUAGAUGCUACAUUUUACUGCUAUCUUACCAAAAUUAAAACCUGGCUCAGCUAAUUGUAAAGAUAAAGUCAAGUUAUAACCUUAUAACUAACACAAAUUUCCAAUACAUCCUGUAGGAAAAAAUACAUGUCAUGUAUACAGUAUGUCAUCACAUUUAAAUACUAAAGUGCAUCCCAAAGUAUGUCAUCCAUCAAUAAAAAAUAAAAUCAAAAAGCCAAGAGACGUGAGUUAAAAAAAAAAAAAAAUCUUUAUGCAAAUAAAAUGCAUGUGUCAUUUAAAUGAGCAAUUAGCCUAACAGACAUUAACCUCAAAAGCUAAGGGAAAAACUAGGGCCCACAGGCCCAUAACACAGAUAUGAAUAUGCCAUUGUAUAACAUUACAGUUUGCUACAUGUAGUAUCAUGUACAUCAAGCUUAUAACUCCUUUUGUCUAUCUCACUGUAGCCAAUCACAGGCGACAUAUGCAUUUGCAGGGUGUAUACAAUCCAGUUGUGUUUGCUAUGGUGAUGAAAGCAUGCCAUUUCAGUUACUAUUAAGUGAUAGGUAUCUGUAGAGGCACACGUUAAUAAGGGUUGGCCACACAACUUAUUGGUAAAUAGCUCACAGCUAGUAUUUAACAUCAACAUUGAAAACAAACCCGUAAAGGACCACUCUAGGCACCCAGACCACUUCAGCUUAAUGAAGUGGUCUGGGUGCCAGGUCCCUCUAGGAUUAACCCUUUUUUUAUAAACAUAGCAGUUUCAGAGAAACUGCUAUGUUUAUAACAGGGUUAAUCCAGCCUCCAAAUCAUCUAGUGGCUGUCUCAUUGAAAAUCACAGUGAGAACAUGCAAGCGUCCAUAGGAAAGCAUUGUAAAUGCUUUCCUAUGAGGAAAUGCUUUCCUAUCAGCCGAAAGGGAGGAUCGGAGGUGGAGAGGAGGAGGAGAGCUCCCCGCCCGGCGCUGGAAAAAAGGUAAGUUUUAACCCCUUCCUCUCCCCAGAGCCGGGCAAGGGGGGGACCCUGAGGGUGCGGGCACCCUCAGGGCACUAUAGUGCCAGGAAAAUGAGUAUGUUUUCCUGGCACUAUAGUGGUCCUUUAAUCAGUCUCUUCGCAGAGAGGACAGGAAAAUUAAAGUAGAUUUAAAUAAAAAAAAGUGUGAUUUUAACAUUAUAAUUCAUUUUAGGCAUUUUUUUUAAUCAAUUUGCAUAAGAUAUAGCACAUGGGGAAAAAAAUCUUGCUUUUACUAUUCCUUUCAUCAACUUUAUUGUUUACAAUAGUUAUAAAUUGAAGUGAGUACAUUCCAGAUUUAUUUACAAUUGCGUUUCAGAUUUGGGAGAUUCUGUAUCCAAGUUACAAUAAUGUCACAGGCGGAUCAGAGGAUAGGACCCUAUUACCACCAGUGUCAGCAAGAUACUCCAUGUACAUUUGUACGUAAUUGUCUUUAUUCAACAAUACUAUAUUACCUUCCUUGUCAGAUGAUUUAAUAAUCAUCAACAUCAGUUUCUGAGCAAAGUGCUUUCGUGGCUCUUCUUUCGGAUUUUGUCAACCGAUCUGCGGGUUUCAUAAUCACAGAGGAAAACACCUCCAGGCAUGUACAUUCUGACAAUGUGCUAUUGGGUUAUACGGAGGUGGGAGAGAUCUGAGGUUCUUGUUCAUCUAGUAAGGAUUCUACAGUUUUUACAUAUUGAAAAUCUGACCUAGAAAGACUCAGGUUUCUUGCUUCUUUCUAACUCCUAUGAAAUUUAGCUUUUUUAUCUCACAUUUUUAUAUUAACUUUUUAUUGACAAAAGCUUAGGAGACUUGGCAAACUACUUUAAGCUGACCUAGACUAGCAGUUUAAUUUAUUUUAUCAUUGAAAUUAUGAUAUAUUCUUUUAAAGCCUUUUUUUAAAAUAAGAUUUUACAAUAAAGGUUAAUGUUUCAUGUCAACCGCAGUUAAAACUUAUUUUGAAUUCUAAGAAGGAACUUCUGUUAGCACCACUCCUGAACGAAGCCAUGCAUGCAGGGCAGAGCUCAAUGACUGAGAACAUCAGCUGAUUGCAUUUGUAGUAGAGGCAGGAAGCAGCACACAGAGGAUCACAGGUAAAAGCAUUCAAAUAUGGUUUGACAAAGUACAAUAGAGGUACGCUAGGCCCUCCUGGCACCAUAAACACUACAGCUUGGAGUGUUUCUGUAAAGACAAUAUGUGUGCACAAACACCAUAAACCAAACACCAAAGAAAUUAAAUUUAAAUAGUAUGUAAAGAAAAUAAAUUAUAUGAUACAUAUGAAAAUACAUAUGCCAUAGACACAGAGGUAAACAAAUAUUUAAAUAAUCUGAGUAAUAAGUCUUAUGAAAUAUUUUAUAAGAGAGAUUGUGUAGAAGAAACUCUGUUUUGAUUCUCAAAAUAAAAGUAAAAGCCAAGUUAGAUUGGCAUUGUUGACAGCAUGUAUAUGAACACACGUACAUAUGUAAAUGUAUUUGAAUGAUGUUAAUAUUCCAUGCUUGUGGGUCAUAGUGACAUACUUUUGUAUUUUUAUAUUAUUUUUUUUUUGCUUAGAUACACUUGUAUAGUAGUAAAUAAUAAUUAUACAAUAAAUGAUGGUUGGAUUAUAGUU